GAAAACAAACAGGUCGAGCGGUGGAAGAUUGGUAGCCGGUUGGACGUUGAGGUUGUGAAGCGGCGAAUGAAUCGUUUUCGUGUUGUCGGUUUAUUGCGGGGUGCUAAUUCAAAUUUCUUCCUAACGGUUUUUUGGUGCUUUUUGAGUCCGGUGCGUUCAAGACGCUGUCAGGAGUUCUCGCCUUCUGAGUAUGUUGCCGCUUUCUAACAUUUUACCAGGGCUGUUGGAGCGCGUAGUCGACCCGCUGCGGUUUUGUGUUUUCCUUCACGUUGUUUACCGGUUAUAAUUCGACGUUUGGCGGUUUAAACUCACCGGUUCGCCGGUUUCAGAUUCGGUUAAUCGGUUUCGAACAUGCAUACGAGGCGUUUGGUGAAGCGGUCGAUCCUCGGCAGCCGCAUUUAUGCGCCGAGUCCGACGGGGGACGGUGCCCCGGUGACAGGAGUGGUCCAGGCGGUGAAGCAGGAAAACAGAGACGUCUCUUCGACCGCGGCAGGAGCCCGGCGCAGCGUCUACACCGUCCUCAUGCAAGACGGAAGCCUCAAGGAGUUCACCGAGGAAGAAAUAGCGGCUGGGUUUAACCAUUGUGCAGCCAAAGGACCGCUCAAAUCCAGCUUAAAGGUGUGUGUGUAUGUGUGUCUGUGUAUGUGUCUGUGUGUGUGUGUGUGUGUGUGUGUGUGUGUGUGUGUGUGUGUGUGUGUGUGUGUGUGUGUGUGUGUGUGUGUGUGUGUGUAAAGCGCCCCGGCCGGCAGUCAGGCGGCGCUUCACUGUUGUUGUGCGGUGUUUUGCAGCGUUUAACCGCUUCAUGCAUGCAGCGGACUCACCACUACCGCUGCUGCUGCUGCUGCCGAAGCUCAUUGAAAAUUUACACAGCUGUGGCAAAAACACCAUGAUUUAAAACAGAAAAGGUGCAUUUUUCGCAUGCAUAUUGUAUUAAAUAACGGACUGUCAUGACAUUUGGUGACAUCAGAUAUACGGGACAAAGGGCUUGAUAGGGCCUGCGCAAUGUUUAUGUGGGUGGGUAAGCCGAGGCAAACAAACACGCUGUGACUGCAGCAUUUUGGACCAAUGUAGGGAGCCGGUGUGCGCUUUUCACAUAGAUUUCAGCUUUUACGCAUCACAUUUAUACCAUAAUUUUGCACACCUCAUUUUGAUUGCACAGUUGCAUGGAAGGAUGUGCAAAUAUUUUUGGACAUUUUCAUUGAUUGAUAAUGCAGCCAAUGAGGGGGGAUACUGUAUUGCAAUAUUCCUCUCAUUUUUGUUGUUGUUUAUAAAAAAGAGAGUGAUGGGCUUCUUGGUGCAUUGAAGAGCAAAUAGGGGAGUUUCAAUGAUGCUCAAAUUUGGAGUCGUGAUUUUGGGCCUAAUUAGCAGUGACCUAAUUGCUUUCAUAUCCAACUUGUGUGCUGUGUUGUCACAUGGUCACAGAUAAAGAUUGUGUAAGGAAAAAGGAGCCAAUCCAGCUCUUGGGAUAAAAUCACAGUUUCUGGCAUUGGGGAGUGUGUGUGUUUGUCUCUGUGAGAGUGUGUGUGUGUGUGUGUUUUCUGUCCUUUUUUUAGAGAGGGAGUGACUGAGGAAAGCAUGUGACUGAAUAAUGGCUUGUUUACGGCCUGAUUUUAAUCUGUUUUGAAUGAUGUGGUUUCGUGCCUCCUUCUAUAUAUCAUAUGUGUUAUUGAUGAGGUAAUCUACAGGCUGUAAUUGAGUUUUAUUUCUGUCACCAAAACGGAAAUGUUCACUCCACUCUGCGUUACCACACAUGCAGGACUGCUCACAUUUCCUUUAUGUAAAUGUGAGAUAUGGGGAGGGUAAACACUUGCAGCUGCAAUAAUGUCAAAGAGACGACACAGCUAAAAGAAAUAACAGUGAAAAUGCAAACUCAACUUGAGUCCUGUCCUCCUGUUUUGCAUUUGAGGAUCUGGGCAUGCAGUUUUGCACUCACAAAAGCUGUUGCACAAUGCAGUUACAGUCACCGGUGCAGGCUGGAGUGGUGCAGCUGGGGCUGAGAGUGGAGUCCUGUCAGCACAAUGGUCAAGUCUCUUUCAGCACUCGGUUCCCACUGAGGUCGAAAACAAGCCAUAAAACGAGGAGGAGGGGUCUGCUGUGUGUUUGUGCUUGUGGAUUCACAUGUGCCGCUUUUUGUGUGCAUGAGUGUGUAAUAAAGUGGGGUUGUGCUUACAUCCAUAUGUGUUUGUUAAAUGAGGUAGAGCUGGCUACUUUAACAUUUAGAAGUGGGGGUUGUUUGUGAGGGUAUGCUGCCCCUGUCUCAGCAGCAGCUGCACAGCUAACAAAGCGGGCACCCCCAGUUGGCAAUGGGUGGCAUGCUCCAAAGAAUCUGGAUGCUUGGCUCAGUGCCCAGAAUGCCCCCUGUUUUGGAUUUGAGGGGAGUAGGAUACCACUUGUUGACUUGUUGGUUUGUGCAGUGUUACACAGAUCCAUGGCUGCUAACUAAGAGGCGUUCCAUGCUUUUGUGUCGCUGUCUUUUUUUGUCGUCCUUGCAGUUGUUUAUGUUUAUCGUAUGGCAUCGUGGGAGUCAAUGAAGCAAGCUUGUUGACAGGAGCUGAGUGACUCUUUGUUCAGAAGCGUUGGUCCCAGGCAGGCCGGCGUCGGCUGUCCUUAUUGGUUGGCUGAGCAGCAUCAGCAUGAAGCAAAGUGACCACAGGGUCAAGUCUGGAUUCUUUUCCCCCCAUGCUAAUGUAUGAGUAAUCUGUUUGAAUAAAGGAGGUUUGUGACUUUGUGCAAGUGUUUUGCAAGCUGCAAACAUACAAGUACGAUUCAAACCCGUUUUCUUAGAUUCCUUUUUGUCUUAUCUUGUUGAUUUCUUUGUCUUAUUAGCAUUUCUGUCUCUAUUAAGCCAGAACACUCAAAUCACAUAUUCUGAUAUUCUGAGUCACUGCUGAAUUUCAAUUCUUAAUUAUUAUUGUUCACAAUUUUGAUCGCUUAUUAGAAAUUUCUUUAUUUGCAUUUCAAAACAGUGUGUUAGACAAUUCAACAAAACAAACAAUAACCCCUAUGUUAAGAGAUGCAUCCUGUCUCCAUCCUGGACCCUAACCACAGGUCUCUGUGCACACUUUUGACUUUUUAAUUGAGUUGUUUGCCUUAAGUGAUACUUAAAUUCUACUAUUUCAAGGUGGGAUGCUUACGCCCUUGCUGUAACCCACCUGCAGUGUGCAAUGCAUGGAGGUGUAACUGUGGGGUGAAGUCGUUCUGCCUCUGAUCCUUCCCUGGAGAACAGAGCUAAAGUAGCCGAAAGAAGGUGGUAGUAUGUUGCGGUGGAGCUGACAGGGUGGAGCCAGUGUGUUCCUAUGCCCACUGAUAUUGACAAUAAGCAAUUUUACUUACACAGUUAAGUCCAGGUAAUUGUGAUUAGACAAUUCAGCUUUACAAAGUCCAGUUUAAGUCAGAGUAAAGCAAUAAAUAAAUAUUUUUGAACAUAACGUAAAUGCACUGAUAGUGGUGGCAGAAAACACUUACUGUCCAAAAAUAGUGUUUUAUGUGGAAGUUGCAAAAAAAAAGGUUUGUUUCUGCUAGGGCUGGGCGAUAAAACGAAAUUUUAUCGAUACCCAAAUUUACGACAAUAAGAGACGUAAUUUUUCCUUUGUCAAUGUAUUUGGUGUCAAAAAAGUAAAUAAAUAAAAGUUGGUUUUGGAUGUGUGUAGGUAGGCUAUGGUCUCGUGUCCCUUUAAGACGCCGCCCUACAUCGGAAAUGUCACUUCACCCUAUCCAGUAACAAAGAGGGAAAGACAGGUGAAGAGAUGGAGGACGGUUCAAAAGUUGUAGCGGCUGGAGCAGUGCUGAAGAAGACGAAGUUAAUAUGAAAGGGAGUGAGCAGCUUGUGGAGUAGUUUCAUCCAUUUAUCAUUAUCAAGGUGAACUGCUCAAUAUAUUGUGAUAUUGAUUUGAGGCCAUAUCGCCCAGCCCUAGUUUCUGCAGUUGCUUAGCUGACACCUACCCCGCUCACUCCAGUUUCAGACAUCAAAAAUGACAACUCAAAACUUGCAGUUUUGUUGGUGAUAGUCUUAUUUGCUUUAGUUUACCAUAAGAAAACAUCAAUUUGAAUUUCAGUCCUUCUUAUAAACAUCUAAAAACUCCUUACAGGAGCUUUAAACAACAAGAAAAGUUACUGUCAGGCUGCAAACAUGCAGAAUGAGUCUUGUUUUAUCAUUAACACCCCUAAUCCCAACUGUUUUUACUCAACUUGUGAAUACAAAAACAUCCUAGCAACAAAAGCCGCACGAGCUGCGAGACUCAGUCUGCUGAGAUUUUAUGGCGUUUGGUCCAUGGGAUUCAAUUUAUGGUCCAUGUCAGCUUGCUUUAUUAUGACCUUUGACCCACAAAUGUUCAAGAAUCUUUACGCUUGACAAAGUGCCCAAAGCGAGCAGGUUAUGAGUUUCCCUGCGUUAGUGAGUGGGAGAGAGAAAGAGGAAGAUAAAGUGGGGGGAGGAGGAGAAGGAGGGUUUGUGCGCACAUACACACUAGGUUUGACACAUGGAGCUCAAAUUUCACAACUGAUUUGGAAUGCUUCACAAUUUCCUCGCUCCUUGAAAUGCCAUCAUUUAUAAGCCGGGUAAAAAGACGGUAUCACCGUUGGUUUUAUCCCACAAGUCCACCCUUCCCACACACAAUACCUAAUCUUCCCCUGGCGGGUGUAAUCCAUCUUGUUGUUUUACCCAAGUUUGCGUCCUCACGGAGCAUUUAUGUGCACCACUGAGUGCUCAUGCGACCGGCCUCCAUCAUGAGGGACACUGUAUACUCGUUUCUCAUGUUUGUUUCUUACCUCAUUAAUCUGAGUGUACAUUGUUUUGCUGGUGUUUGUGUGCAUGUUGUGUGAGUGAUCGACUAGAGUGCCAUCGCCGUUUCCACAGUCAAGCCUAAUCGUGUUACAGCCGUUUGAGAUAAUGAUCUAGAUCACACACAGACACAAACAAACACAGGGGCCAACAUGCUCAGUUGGUAUUUAGCCAUGUGAGUGUGUGUGUGUGUUUGUGUGUGCGUUUCUGUGUGUGUGUGUGUGUGUGUCACCUUUUGUUUUUGAGUUUGACAGGAGUCUGAUUGUCUCAACUGUGCAUGUGUCCGUGUGUGUUCAUGAGCGCGUAGGUAUGAGCAGGUAAUGGUGUGAAGAAAGAUGUCAUUGGUUUCUGUAUGUUGUGUAAGAGAGCCGAUGAUGUUGUGCGGUCUUUUUUUUCUUUCUUACUUUGGUACAGGUAGGCGUUUUCAGAGCGCUGUGAUAAGAGAAAUGCUUUUCUUUGUUAUCGCCUGUGUGUCAGUGAAUCCUUCUUGUUGGUAAGUGAACGUGUUGCAGGUGAUGUUCAGAGCAGCACUGGAUUGACUCUGAAGGGAUGAAACAGAUCAUUGCACAUACUUCUGCCUUUAUCGAUCAGUUUAAUAGAGGCUGCAGCAUGGAUGUAUCACUGUUACUGUAUCACAGCACCCAUAGUAGGGGUUGGAAUUACCAGUGACCCUACGAUACAAUAUUAUCGCGAUACUUGGGCCAUGAUACGAUAUUAUCAGGAUACUUAGGCCACAAUAUGAUAUUAUCACAAUACUUAGGCCACGAUACAAUAUUAUCACGAUACUUGGGCCACAAUACAAUAUUAUCACGAUACUUGGGCCACAAUACGAUGUUAUCACAAUACUUGGGCCACGAUAUGAUAUUAUCACGAUAUGAUAUUAUUGCGAUUUUUAACAUUUUUCAAUACAGUGAAUAUUGCGAUAAAUAUAUUGCGAUUUAUAAUUUUUUUUAACUGUGUAGCUAAUUUAGCAUUUGCCUUUCCUUUAUGUUUGUCUUAUUGACACUGUAUUUUAUUUUCAUGUAGCACAUCUUGCAAACCUUUUAUGUAUUUGUGAUACUAACUUUCUCCUGUUCCCUGAUGUCACCUCUGCCAACCUCACUGGACAAACAAUUGAUUUUAUUUUUCCAUUAUUAUAGAUUUGACUUCAUAUUAGCAAUUAAUUUGAAGAAAUUGAUACUCGGUAAAUGAGACAAUACGAUAUAUCACGAGACAAAAUAUCGAGAUACUAUGCUGCAUCGAUUUUUUUCUCCCACCUCUAACCCAUAGGCUCAUGCACAUUCCCUAAACACUGUUUAAGAAGUGUCACUUUUCUAUUCAAACUAAAUGUAGAUCAAUAGUUCUUGUACCCAGGGUCUGCAGUGCGAGACAUUUUCUGCAUCAGCUGAUUGGAGAUGUCCGCCUCUCAGUCAAAAAUAGUUUAACUUUUUGGAAAGCGCUGCACUGCACAAUGAAAUUAAACAGUAAGCACUGUUGAGAAGCACUCUGAAAUUGAGAUCGUGGGCACAGUCAGCACAAAAAAACACCAUAAGUGGACCCGGUCUCUUAAACUUUGAUGCUUUUUGGUAAUGCAUAAUUACUUCCUGUAGUUCUAGUGUCCUUACAUCUGGAAUGAAUGGCUGUUUAGUAACUUCUGAGAUUAAAUAUAGCUUAAAAUCCUGAACCUAACCUUUGCACCCUUGACAUAUUUGACUGACACUGUAGCUUUUUACAAAGAGGCUGAAGGUCAGACUCUGCAAGCACUCCUGACCAACAACAAUAGGCUUCAAAACAUGACAACAAUGGGUGAUCUCACCAAUACUAUGUCCAUUUAUCAUACCGUCUAUGACUGGAACAUGUUGGCAAUUUGAAAUAUCAACACGAAUUAACUCAGAAUCUGGGUUACAGCGUGAACAAGAGCCCAGACCUUUAUUUUUAAGAAUCGAGUCAUUUCCUUUUUUCCUUUAGACGUGUUAUCACAUGAGAAAAAGCUUAUCUCUUCAUUUCACAGCUUUACUCCUUCCUUUUUUAGCAUUCCUACUGUCCUAUGUCUGCCAUCCAAGUAUUGACCUAUUCAUCUUUGCUUCCUCUCCAGCAGAGCUCCAGUAACGGCUCUUCAGAGAGCCAGAAGGCUGAAGGCGGCUCCCUCAGCCCAGAGGCCGCCGAGGAGCUGCGGCUGGCAGAUGUAAAGCGCAUCGGUCGAGACCCUGACACCCGGUCAGUGUCCCUGCUGGAGCAGAAACGCAAAGUUGUUUCCUCCAGCAUUGAUGUCCCUCAUGCCAGGUAGGACAGAGUCAAUAUGUAUGUGUUUAUGUGGGUGUGCAUGUACCAGUUUCAAGCGUACCAGUCCCUUUGCUAGUGAGGGUUUGAUUUGUAUCCUAGAGGGAGUUUGGCUUGAGUUCAGACCCACAAAGUUCACUGAAGGUUUAUGACACAGAUAUGUCAUCUCAUAAAUAGGACAGAGAUUAUAUGAGCUGAUUUUUUAAAAAAUCUAAUCCUUGGAGCUAUUUUGGCAGACCACUGAGUGCAACGUUAAAUGACAGGAGUCCCCUUUGGUGCCAUUACAUAUAUGUUUAUUUUCAUUAAAUGCCAUGAUGAGUGUUACGCUAUAUUAGUAUUAAUGCAUUGUAAAUCCAAUACUAAAAUGUCCUUGUUGUAAGAUUUCAUCCCUGUCCUCAGCCUGCAGAGUUUCUGCAAAAUAUCCCUCUUGGAAGAAUCUGAAGUUGUUGCCUUCACUUGCUGAAGCAAUUAUGGUUACAGUCAUUUUGGCAUGCUGCUGGUGGUUUCCCACGUGGACUCAAGGCCACGAUAGUCAGCUAACACGGAGUAUUGCAUCAGUUACCCUCCUGUGCGUCUUCCCCUGCUCGGUUAACAAAGCUCUGUGGAGUCGGACAUUCUUUAACAAGAGAUAAAUUAAAAGAAAAACGCUCGAAAUGUGUGUGGGAGAACAGCUUUUAUGUUUUAUUGGGAGGGGGGGUUGAAUAAUCCAUCUGAUCCUGCAGUAUUUAACAGAGGGCUCUUUACAAAUGAAUUAUUAUGUUAUGAUGCCUGAGCUGUUCCCUCACACAUUCAGCGAUUUCUUGUUGCAACACAAAUAUUAUUUCAAGGUGGUCAGCAUAAUCUGCCACAGAAGCUGGUCCACAACGGGGCAAUUAAACAUUAAUAGGCAGCAGUGCGUGGCAGCAGAGAGCCAUCUAAUAAAGCAACAACACACUCUCACUAAUAAAUGUGGAACACUAAUACGUUGUAAAGCACUGCACUUAUUAUCGAACAUCACUCCCCAUUACUCGUCCUUGUGCAGCUGAGGAAGCCCAAUCAAUGGCAACUUGCUGAAAACUGUAGUAAAAGUCGACUAUUUGAGCCGCUUUAUCACCGCACUCUGGCCCUGCUUUAAAUUUAAUAGUUAUUUGCUGAUGAGUCAUUGAUUUCCAGCCCUCUUGUUGCCUAUUAAGAGGAAAAAUCUCCUUUUAAACGGGAUCUAUCUCAUGGAUUAGACAGAAGUUUUACACCUGUCCCACCAUAAUUACCUCUGCAAAGGGAUGCUGUAAUAUUGAUAUCCCUAUGGUUAUUGUGGAAUGGCUUAUUGAUCAUCUCUGUGCCGCUGCAAAAGUUGAGCUUGAUGCCCCGGCUUAGGGAUGAUCACUUUAUAGAAAGAGCUGCUGUUUAUACUCUUAAUGAGACCAUCUGACACCCAGGAAGCCACAGGGAAUGUCUUAUAAAUCAGAUUUCACCCUCAACACACAAUAAUGUUGAUUUAGAGAAACCUUGACCUUUCCAAAGCGCCACACCUUUUCAGUUAUUAGUGUUUGCACAUAUUAAAUUUCAAUAAAACAUCAGAGCUGUCACUACAGGUGAUAUUACAAUAGAAAUGCACCAGAUAAUUUUCUGUUUAUUUUGCUGAUCCAAACAAGUAUUUAUGAUGCAGUCUGUUUUCCAGGGUCUCUCUCAGAAGGUAAAAACUUUACACAGCCUUUUUGUGUAACAGUUCACAGUGCAUACAGCAUAGUAGGGCUGGGCGAUAUGGCCUUAAAUCAACGAUAUCACGAUAUAUUGAGCAGUUCACCUCAAUGACGAUAAAUGGAUGAUAACUACUCCACAAGCUGCUCACCUCCUCCCACAUUAACUUCCGUCUACUUCAGCCGCUACAAUUUUUGAAACUUCCUCCAUCUCCUCACCUGUCUUUCCCUCUUGGUUACGGACUGGAUGGGGUGGAGUCACGUCUCCGACAUAGGACAGUGUCUUUAAGGGACAUGAGACCUUUGUCUACCUACACACAUCUUUUUUUGAGGUCCAUCAAGCUUGGUUGGGAUUUCAACUUUGGUGGUACCUGAUGAGGUCUUCUUUUUGAAGGAAAAGGCCCCUGUUUUGGGUUUGGCCAAAAUAAACCAACUUUUAUUUAUUUACUUAUUUGACACCAAAUGUAUUGGCGAGGGCAAAAUGACGUUGGUUAUUGUCGUAAAUUUCGGUAUCAGUAAAUUUUCAGUUUAUCGCCCAGCCCUACAGCAGAGUCCACAAUUUGUUGCUCUCGUGCAGCCGUGUAACUCCUUCUUGGACCAUCUGUUCUCUCAGAGUUUGCAGUCCUGCUGGUUCACAGCAGAACUUUGAGAGUGGUGAGACACAGAUCCACUUCCUGCAACCUUUUGGCCUGAGGUCAUGCCAUUCACCCCCACAGAUCACUGGGGAGUAUUUUCAAUCUUUCUAGCACUCCAUGAGGUUUAUUUUUAUAACAGUACAUACCUGUCUUCUUCCAGUGCAUGCCUAUGACCCAAUGGAAAUGACAAAAGACAGGGGCUCGUUCUUACUCCUGUCUGGUUGCAUGCUGUACUGGUUCAAAUAUUGCAACACAAUAAAACCUCUCAAGAUAAUUUUAGUAACCUUUAAAAGUAAAGGCUUUUUCCUUGAAUGGGAUUGGAGGAUUGGACAAUGCAUGGCAGGAAAAUGGAAGAAAAGAGCAGGAAUUACAUCCUGGAAAGAGCAUUAAGUCCAUGGCCGACCACUUUAGGACUGCAGCCCCUUCAUAUGGAGUGCAUGAUUUAACCACUAAACCAAACUGGUAGCUUGUCUCCUUUAAAUGUACACUGUUUUAUGCAGAGAUCCAGAUUUGAUUAUACUACAAAAAUCGUCAGCCUGAACCUGUCACAAUAAUCAGGGUCAGGUUUGGUUUGUUAUCAACUAACUUUGUUUGUUUGCUUUUGCUGAUAUAAACUGAGCAUUAUGUCUUUUCUGUAUCUAACAUGUAAACAUAAAUCAGGCGGAUAUUUAGAGUUCACUGCCUUUGAAAGAGCCAAAUAUAUACAGUACAUGUAUGUGUGUAUACAAUCAUUGCAUAACAUUUGCAAAUGCUGGGGUGUGUUUAUAUAACACUGUCCAAUUUUAUUAUCAAUGUACUCUUUAUUAUCUCCUCAGUUUUUGGCUUUCAGUGUAGAUUUGAUAACCGAAAUGAAAGAAUAGAGAAGGCUCAGUUUUUUUAAAGGUUCAAAGUUCGAUCAUACUCUUUUAUCACAUGUGUCUUUUUUGAGGUGUCCUCAGAGUUCAGGUCAGCCGGUUCGCCCCCUCUUAGCAUCAGGUCUUACAUGUGUUAAUGAAAAGUCCAAUUUCUUGCCAGGAGCACAGACUUGGCAUCUAAUUAUUUUGUGUGUCGCACUUCAAAGCCCGGUCCUCAGAAACCCGAGGAUCUAUUGUGCUCGUCGAGUGCUGAAUCAGACCAGCUGAAAAACCCACAGACCUCCAGAAAAAAAUAACCCAUUUUUUGUCCAAUUCACAAAGUGGACUUGCACAAUGAAGAACAUGAAAAGUUAUCUCAGGAGCAGGUAUGAUAUCUCUACAGUAACCUCCUCAGCGCACACAGAAGCCUUAUUGCCUUGAGAUUAAGAUCCAUGGCUCUCAUCAUCUGCACACCUGCGACUGAUUUUCAUCCCUGCUCCGCUCUGGGGAAGAAAUGGUGUCAGCAACGUCCACAAAGUAGCGUUUAUCUGUAAUGAAGACAAGCGGAGGGAGGAAAGAGGCUUGGAGGCAUGGCGAGGAGAAGAAAAAAAGGGGGACUAAGGAGGAAAACGAGUGGAGGAAAUGAAUGUGUGUAGAGAGGAGGAUAAGAGUGUAAAGGAGAUAGAGAGAGCAUGUGUAGCCGAGAGGAUAACAGCAAACGAGAGAAGAGAGAGAGAGAACGCCUGAGGAUUUUUUUCAGAGCUAACUCUCUAGAGAAGUCUGACCUUGAGGUUGUUAAUUGCACUCUCAAAAGUUCCCCUCGACGCUGGUGAUUUACAGAGAAAAUGUCUGGCUGUUUGAUGGCUCUCUAGGUCCCCUGUAACCCAGAUAGAAUAGGUUUUCUUACCUCAGUUGGGGGUGUCACUGAAGUACCCCCGAUGCCUUGUCUGCAAUCAUUGGGAAAAUAGAGGAAAAAUGACAUAGUGCUGCAUAGAUGUGAGACCUCGGGGGUUUUGUGUCGCUACAUUUGAAGGUUCUGCCAGCUGGGCCCGGGUCUCAUUGCUUUAUUGAGUCGCCACCUUCAUUGUAUGUUUACAGCACAUUUACUUCGCCAGCAUUUCGUCACUUUUUUCUCUCCAGAAAUCAAUAGCUGUCAUUCAGCGAUUGACCUGUUUUCUGACAACGGCUCAGAUUCCUCGUUCCAGAACGAAUGUUUAUUUUUUUUCAUGAAAUGUUGAAAUUCGUUGCGUUUCAAAUGAAAUACAGGAAUUACGAUCCGUCUAUGCCGUAUUUAUCGUCUGAUUCUCCUUCAGCCAAUGCUGAUCUCUGCUUGUUGUCAGACUGUGCUCUCAACCAGCUGCUGGGCCUUCUCCUUCCUCCCAGGGCUUAUGUUUUCUCCACGCAGGAAACAGUCAAUUGUAACAAGAGCUGGCGGGGGCAGACCGCUGGAAACGAACGGCUUGGCUUUUGACAAAUAGCAUUCGGGAGACUAAUUGCUAGCAGGGGAAGUGAAGUAUAACCUUAGUUGAAGGGGAAAUCAAGAGAGUGCUCAGCUUAUUAUUGCUAAACCUAAAACCAACAGAUCUGAGAGUUCAAAAGUCUCGCCAACAAUCAUCCAUUCGGUCUUUUCUAGUAUGAAUAAAUCAAGGUUAUAUACUUUUCUCUUUACGGCGUUUUGUGAUGUUGUUCUCAUCCCCGUCCAACUCGAUACCCGUGUUUAAUUUGAUUUAUUGAGAGCAGUCCACAUCACUGUAAAUAAAACCAAAAAAGCUUGUGGGGGUUGAGUGGGACUGACUUCAAAAUCAAUCCCGUGCCAAAGAAGAACCGUUUGUUAUUGUUAAUGAUUUUUAUUGUUGAUCAGUGUGUUUGCAGAUCACCCAGUUCACUGCUCUGAGCCAACCAUGUGUUCCACACUCUCGGCCCGGUGCAUCGGCCAACUCUGUCGUGGAUUAGGGCCAAACGCUCCCUAUCCUGCCUAAAAAGAGGUCCUAAAUGACUGUCAGAUUAGCGUUCGUCUCUUGAUAAAGAUGCACGGCUACACGUUCUGUUUGUUUUUCUUUCUGUCAGCGGUUUUGUUUGUUUUUACGGUCAAUUUUUACUUUUUUGGAAGACUGUAACCAAUCCCGCUUCUUUUUUGCACAAUGUGUUUGUGUUUGUGGCGAGGGAGAGGUUUGAGUUUCGAAAUGAGGGAAAGGAGGGCAGGAUGGGCUGUGUGUGUGUGUGUGUGUGUGUGUGUGUGUGUAUGAGAGAACUCUGGUUUCUCCAGAGAGAGAGAGAGGGAGAGAGUGACAAAGAGAGAGAGAAAAGGAGGGAGAGAGAUACUCAGCGUUUGCCAAAGAAAACAGUUUUCCUGGUUUGGAUGCCAGUGGAGUUCAGAAACCAUGCGAUUACCAUCUGAAAAGAGAGCUCUCAUGAUCUCCUGCUUUCUCUCUUUUUCUCUCUCUCUCUCUAUCCACUCACUCGCUCGCUCAGACUCAGUGUACUUUUAUCUGAUUGAGCACUAGAGUUUUUUUUUUGCCACAACUUGCUUCACCAAACUAAGUUUUUGAGUGAAAUGUCUUGUGAAACCGUAUCACAGCAGCCUAACCGCCCUCGGAUAAAAAUAUCUAACAGUAAUGCGCUUGUAUGUUUUUCAAAAAGAGGAUGUUGCUUCACAUUUGAACAGGGUUCCUGUUUUUCAGCAACAACACAGGUUCACCAAACCUUGCAGGAUUUUCCAUCUGAGCUUUUCCAUGCUGUUUUGUGAGUGUAAUUACGAGAGAAAAUUGGAAAACAUCAGCUUGAAAUGAUCAAAAUAGGACAUUUGUGCAGGCGCCAAAGUAGACCCCUAUCCAAAAUUUAACAAAGUUUUCAUAAUUGGAUACACUGUUGCCUGGGAUUUAGUGCAAAAUCAUCUUGGAAUAUAAUAAAAAAGUCAAGGUUUUUACUUUGCAGCAUCAAAAAUAAAGGUUUGAUUUAAAAACAACCUGAUCAAUGAUCUUCAGGCAGGCUUUAAAGGGAUUUAUAAAAACGCACAGAUUUAGCCACCAUGAGCUCAUUACAACAGGUUGUUUCAAUGCCCCGAGGCCCUGAUGGGAUCAAACUGAUGUUGUUUUUAAUCCGGGCUUAAGAACCGCCAGAAGGGGCCGAAGUCCUGAUCAUGAGAGGUCAAAAAGUCUGCCAUCAUUUUCAGGUAUCAUCAUGUUUCCGAAGCAAUCUGCAGUUUCUUGAAAUUGAUCAUGAGGUUCCAGAAAUGUAGCAGCUUAAAGUGUGAUAUGAUCACAUUUUAGUCAAGGUUACACAAUUAUUCAAGUGUGCACGGCUUUAAUAUCCAUAUGAGUGCAGUAUAAGUCAGGGUAAUGCAACAAAAUGAGAUCUACUUUAUGAGGAGGUACGAGGAAAAAAGUGAGACAAAGGCCCUCGUUUUAAAUGGUGGUCUAUGGGAAUAAUUAAAGGAAUAUUCAGAGUUUUUUUUUUCCUUGUUCAGCCCCAUUUUGGCUCCUUUGAUUCACAGUUUUCAUGAAAUGUCAUAGAUUAAACACAACCUCAAUCGAUUGCACCGAAUCUCUAAUCUCAGAUGCAAUAGUCGAGUAUCCAUAGUUCCAGCCCUCCCUGCUGUUAACUCCGCUUUAGAUUCAUCCCUCACAGACUAAUCAAAGGCAAAGCCCUCACUCUUUGUCAAUAUCUAGGCAUGCCAGUGGGAGCCUCCUCGGGUCUGACCAUGUUGGAUCAUUCUCCGAGUCCUGGCUCCAGAGAAAACCACCACCUGUGAUGCUGCAGGAGCGCAAUUGUGAGUUUAAAUUUAUAUGCAAAUCAGCCCUUUAAUUAAGUUCUUAAUAUCAGUGAGUGCGAGUUGGGGAAUGGUUAGCGGUGGAUUAGUAGACAGUUGGCCUAAAUUCACAACGUUUUUUUUUUGCCAAAGCACUGGACUGAGGCAAGCCUGUGCGGGCAACGCUUGUCUUCAUUGUGAUCUCCAUCCCUGAAUUAUUUUCACUUUAACGGCAAAUGACCGCAGACAUACCAGAAAGUUUAUACAUCUGGCAGGCUAAUUACAACAUCAGUUAUCAGGAACACUUAGAUUACAGCGACAUCUGCACCAUUUUUCUCCUGUGAAGAGAUUGCUGUACGUUGUUUAAACAAAAUGCAUCACGCUUGCCCUUAAUCUAAAUCCAACACCCUAAAAGUUGAUGCUGAUUGCUUUGACGCUAGCUGUGGAAUUGACUCAUCAUGUGAAACAUUCAUUUUGAAGCCAUCAUCAAAAAUCUAUUUGCGGUUAUUGAUGUCUUAUAUAAACAUAACGCUGCUUCUCAGGAGUUUGAAGACCCUUUAUGACUGUCGAGGGAGCGUACAAAAUGUGUUGGCCUGACAGCUCCAAUUUCAUGAAUCAACGGAUGAAUCAAUCUAAAGCUGCAGAGAGAAUGUCACUGAUAUGCUAAUUCGUCAUACACUGCUGCUGUUGUGUCUUUAAGGUAGUGGUCGGUUCAAUAAUUCCCUGCACGUUAUCCAUAGUACACAGUGAAGCGCCUCAGAGCCGAUGUUUAUGUGACAGUGGGCCCUGCUGGACCUCCGCUGCCUCCGACUAAUCCAUAGUCCCCGGCUUUAAUGGACUGAUGGCACAGAGUGCUACAGGACAAAAAGUCCUAAUUGAUUCUAUCGACGGACGUGCAUUAUGGUCAUCUGUGGUAUAUACGAGGUGGGACUAAUUGACGGCGGUGUCAAGUGUCGCACAUUGUGUCCAAACAAGCACUAAUGAGGUGGUGAAAUUAUCAGGAACAUCCAUUUUCUUCUGUAUAAAGGGAGUUUGACGCUUUGUGGCUGGUUUAAUUAGCAGGCCAAGUUAAGGUCGCCUUUUGAAUCAAUGAGGAAAUGUUUUUACAUUGAGUAUAUGAAGUUGGACAAUACCUACAAAAAUGAACCAUCACUUAAUUGAUGUUGACAGUGACAGUAAUAAAAAUUGUCUUUAUACAUUAUCUCUAAUUUAAGUUUUUACCGAGCCUUCUUACUAAUUACACAUCUAUGUGAGAUACCCUAUUAUUAUUUCUGAAUAGCAAGAGCAAUUCACAUUUGAGUAUCACAUUUGGAGAGUUAAUGAUCUCACCUUUCUGUUCACAAUGUGGCAAAAAACUGAGAAAAUUUUUUAUUCCGGUUUAUCUGCGUUAAUGGCGGAUCAGUCAGGGGGAAAAGAGAGAAAAUAUGUUACCGAAUUUUUGGAUUAUCAAAACACUUCAAGAAGUGAGAAAGAGAGACAUCUAACAAAUUGAAGAAAACUGACAGCACUAUGGUUUCACAUUUGGAGAGCUAAUGAUCUUACCUUUUUGUUCACAAUGUGGCAAAAACGGAGAAAAUUUUUCAUUCCGGUUUAUCUGAGUUAAUGGCGGAUCAGUCAGCGGGAAAGAGAAAAGAUGUUACUGUAUUUUUGGAUUAUCAAAACACUUCAAGAAAUUAGCAAGAGAGACGUCUAACAAAUUGAAGAAAACUGACAGCACUAUGGUUUGGGCUUUGAUGCAUCUGUAACAAAUGUCAGCAGAAUAAAAUAUAAAUGUUGAGACUAAUCAAGUUCAGUGUGAGAACAUUCAGUUCUUGAAUGUUGCAUGUUUGUUGCGCAUGAGGAAAAGACACAAAUCUUGAGGACAGAAUGAACAGCACUAAGAUCAUGAGCUGAAAAAUUAUGCACUUCCUCUCUUGAUUUAAUAUUAAUAUCACCGUACAGACCCAGGCCAAGUUUUGGUUUGGGGCAAAGACAAAGUGACACAGCGGGGAGAUGACGCGCCUCUCAAGUGUAACCCAUUAAAAAACAAACUCAGCCCUGCAGACGUACCUUCUCCCCGUAUCAUUUCUAAUUAUGGCCAUCAAUUUGGAAGCUCCACUGACCUGUCUGUUUUUGACUUAUUGAUAUCCGUCAGGCUGACAGGCUUUAUUAAUUAAAAUGGAGAUGUACUAAUUAAGAGCACGGCAUGAGGGUGUCAUAAUUGUAGCCCUGUUUUAAUUUGAGUGUCGCUCAUCAAUUUUAUCGCUGUUUAGCAGAGUGGGUGCGGCGUGACGGAGGGAUGGGUGAGGCGGGGCGGAGGUGCCCUCAUGUGACACGUAUGCGCGUGUGCAAUUGCCUGUGUUUGCUAGCCGUCAUUAGAUAACACUCCAACAUGCCACUUUGCCGAUAGUAAGCACAGCCUGCUCUAAAGACCAGAUGUCCUAAUGACUUCCUUUCUUUGUCCAUGAUGGUUUGCAUGAGAACAUUAAUUAUUCUUCCUCAUAAUCCAAGCAGAUAAGAGCAAAUUAAAUCAAAGACCAGCCAAUCCAGCGUUGAGCAUAUCAGCACAUGGGAGGGCAACAUGGGAGCAUAUUUGUAAUAGGGGAGGCCGCACUUUUAAUCGAUUCAGGAGCUGUAUCAGUUUGACAAAAAGAUCCGACAAAUCUGUUUUUGUGCGCUUCAGCAACUCUUCUCAGUUUCAUGCUGACACAUAUUUUAAAAGGGAACAAUGUGAUCCUCCCAUAGGGUCCCUCAGAUGAGAGUCUGUUCUCAGGACUUGGAUGGAAACAUGGAAAAAAAAAAAAAAGCUGCGAGCUCUGCAACUGCCAAACAGUUUAGUGUUUCUUUUUUAGUAUCAUUCAGUCCAUCUGUGCACCAGAGUACUGGAUUGUAUGCUUGUGCGUUUAUUCUAAUAUGUAUGUCUGUCUGUGCAAAGAUGUUAACACCCAAGUGGAAUGGAUCUAGUGGUUUCGUAUGAUUAAUAUACCAGCCCUGCCGUAUUACUCACCACUAGUGGCAUCGCUCUCUGUCUCCGAUGCUGAGAGUGCCCCCCCCUUUCUGAGUCAUUCCAGGUCAGACAACAGGUGUCGCUGCCUUCCCUACAAGUGUUGGUUUGUGCUGCUGCUCAGGCAAAUCUCGCAUCUUCCCACAAUUCCUCAGGGUCCUUAAUGCAGAGUCAAGACUGCAUUCAAUCCUUUCAGUUGUCUAGUAGUAUUGACUCUCGAGGAAACACAAUAUGGCUUUGUCUGAGCCGAUACCAAUAGCCUACCUUACCUCUGCUGGCUGGAAUGUAGAAGAUCGAUCAUUUUAAAAAACAUUUAAAAUGUCAGUAUGCGCCUCUGUUGCCCGAUUUGGCUAAAUGAGUUAACAUGCGAUUGAUGGCAUGCCCCUGUUGUUACUAUGUACUCACCAAGUCUGACUAAAACACAAAAGAACUUUUUUGACCACAAACCAGAGCUCUCCUGUGCAGACAGUCACACUUUUUUGAUGUUUAAAUCUUCAGCCACUGAGCCAUCACACCAAGCAUACUUAAUUGACUGAUGUCAAACAUCCGUAAGUCUAUAGUAAAAACAAUGUCAAUGACCUUAUGGUCAAUCAGAUUGUGAAUAAUGCAGCGUUUCAGUUGUACUCUUAAGUCGGGAUUUCCGAGCUCCGAGUCGGAAAUUCAUCUGGAACGCCCACCCCUGAAGUCGGAUUUCUGACUCGGAAAGUUGGACGAUCCUCACCAACCCUGACUUGACAACAUUAUUAUCUAAGAUGGCAGCGCAGUACAUCAACAGUCAAGAGUAACAGUGCAAGCUCUCAUAAUGUAUUAUUCAUUAGCACUUCUGUUUUAUUUUUGUGAACUUAAAUAAGGGGUGUAAGUUGUGCUGCCCAACGUCUGACUUUGAACUUGGUACUAUGGUGUUUGUAAGAGUAAAAUACUGUGUUAUGCGUUGUUUAAAACUGGUAUAGGUAUCAACAACUAACAACAGUUGACAACAGCUGAAAAUCAUUAACAACAGCUAACAAUGGCUAACAGUAGGCGUCCAUCUUGGUUUUCCGACUUGUUUACUGGAACACCGUUAACUCGGGUGUAACGUCAUUCCCAGCUCCGACUUCUGAGGUAACUGGAACGCAGUAUAAGUGUGGGGAUCACAGUAUACAGAGCAGGUAGGGAUACAUCUGUUGAGUUGCGGCAACCCAGGAUACUGUUUCAAAUAUGCCGUUAGAUGACUAAAUCCUCGGUCUUCUACCUUGGACUGAAAUGGGUAACGAAGUGCUGUAGAGUCUGUGAUUUUAUCAUGAAUUGCUUUUGUGUUUAUGGGUUGUCUUUGGCCACUGCUGCUCCAUAUUUCUUCAACAUACCUUCAGUGCAAUGACUCUUUUUUUCCAGGUGAGUAAAGAGUUGUUGUGUCAAACCUUGAGGUCUUAUCUGAAACGCUGAAAAACAUCAACAUUGACGACUUCAUUCAUUACUCUCUACAGCUCGCUGCAUCUUGUCAAAGGUGACAUACGUGUUUAUCCAGUGAAAUCAAAUGUGAGCGUACAGCAACAGCGGCAGAAUACAGACAGAGGUGCCUUUGCGUGACCCUCACUUGUGUAAUGAUUCAAAAACAUGAUGCCUCCACCGCCGUUAAUUCCCAGAUGUGGUAUGAAACCACCUUCUGGACUAACAGAUGUAUAAAAGAUACUUACACCGCAGGAGAGGCUGUAAUGUGUUUAGUGCUGUGGCUUGUAAUUUCACCUCCAAGAGAGCAAAAAGAUCAUUUUCACACAUGCAGCAAUCAUACAAACUGAAAGAAGACAUUUCAGCACAGAUCUUGUUUUUCUUGGCUGGAAUGAUUAUUUUCUGACAGGAACAACAUCUUGGCUGUUGGACAUGCAGCAUCUCAACAGUUGGCAAUUUGCACAACACUAUUGAAUCCAUCACAGAGUUAAAUAAGCCAGACAUUUAGUCCAAACUGUCCCGCAGAUGUCUUUCUCUACAAAAAAGGACCUUAUGUUGUGAGGCGGGAGCGAUAAAGUUAAUUGAAAGUUAGCCAUUUGUUAGUCUGACAUCUAACAGCCAUCUGCCAGGGCUGAUCUACAUUAACAGUUCUCAAGCAGGACAACAGCAGAAUAUCCUUUUACUCCAUAAUCCAAUAAGGGGUCUUUGGAGUCUCCAGUUGGAUCUAAAGCUGAGGGUAGGCAGCAGACCUGAACAGUAAAUAAGAGACGAGGCACUUCCAAAAGAAAAUAUGAAAGGUAAUCCAUCAUCUGUCGGGUUUACGAACAGAACAGACUCAUAAAAAAAGAACAGACAGCAGGUAUUCCCAUUCUUCCUUUCUCCAAUUUUAAAGCAUGUAUCUCAAUAUCGGUGAAAUAAAACUUUAUUUCUCUUUUUACUCUUAAAAAAAGUUUCCUUUCCUGUUGUAUCCGUCCAGUUGCCCUUGCUGAGCUCCAAUUUCUGCUUUUCAUUAUUGUUCUCCGACUCUCCCUCAGAAAUCAUUAUGACAUUUAAAAGCCGGGGAAAUGCACGAACCUCCUUGUGCGGUGCUGAAAUUGCCAAACUUUUAACAGUGGGCCCCAGCUGCUUCGUCCCUAUCUGUGCUAAUUGGUCUUUUUCUCAGUUCAUAGAAGCUUUCAAAGAAGAAAACGCUUUGAUUGGUGCAUCUCCUCGCUGUCGGUGGGCUGUGUAAUACUCUAUCUCUCUUUCACUCUUCCUCUUUGUUGCUGUCUUUGUUGUUUAAAAACAUUAGUCGUUAGCUCCGCUAGCUUCUCCUGCUAUGGGUGACACAACAACAGACUCCUUGUCGUGUUUGUGGGGCUUUUUGGAUUGAUACUGAGUUUGCAUGUUGGUUUUGGAUUUCAUAGGACAGCUGGUACAGUUGCAACCUCAUCCUGUGGAGAGAGUCUGCUAAGGCCGUCUCCCCUCUUCCUCAACACGCUCGCCAUCAUAACGCCGUUAAUAUCAACAAGGCGGUAGCUUGUUUGAACUAUAGAUCUGUCACCCCCCCCUCUCUCCUGCUCCCACCCUUUUCUGUCCUGUAAACAAUGGGAGUCAGUUGCCACGGUCACGUGAACCACCAGCAUCUGCAGACGAGCUUGUUAUUGUUUUGAUUUGAGUUCCACAUGCCGAACUUGACUCCCAUGUCAGCCGAACUCUGUGUGUCAGUGUGCGUGUCUGUGUUUGUGUGUGUGUGUGGAGUCAUUUUAAGGGUUUUGGUCGGGUGGGACUGGAGUGUUCUGCCAAACUCAAAGGCUGCCUGGAGAACUUUGUGUUUUUCUGCAUGUGUGUAGAUCAUAGCAGCUCUGGCAGCAUUACCUCACUAUGAGCCGAAAAUGGAUGUGUUUACCACGGGCUCCUCUUUCUCUUUCUCUCUUUUUUAAAGAUCCCUGUCUUAUUUUCUCUCUGGCAAGUAUUCGAGACACACAGCACUGAUGGAGGGAAACAUAACACCCCAUUAGACACACACACUCAUAAAAGCAUUUUCUGGAGUUGGGGUCUGCAAACAUGAAAUGCACAAACACAUACAUGCAUGCAUACAUUCGGAAACACACACACACACACAUACACAUAACAUGCUACACAGCCUCUCCAUAUAGCAUGCAUAAUUCAUGACCUCCCAUUGACAUCUAUGUAAACAUGGGUGCUUCCCUCAGCUGCUCUGCAGUGGGUCUUUGUCACAAGGGUUGGCUGAAUUUAGUAAAAUAGCUUCCUCUACUUAACUCCAACAACACACACUUCCACCCAAUAACAACUUAUCUCCAGGAAGUUGUUGUUUUAAUCCUGCUUUGUGCUGUGUUGUGAGCUACUUAAAGCCACUUCUGAACACAGCUGUAGAGGUUUUUUUUUUUUCUUUUAUUAGAGCAUGUCCACGUUUAUGUCGAGCCGUGCCACUUUUUGUUUAUCAGCUCAGAGGAAAGCAGGUUUUUACAGCCAGUGUAACAGAUUAGAUUGGAUCAGAGUCUGUGUUGUCUCUGUUGUAAGAAAUAAUAUCUCCCUCCUUUCUUUCUCUUUUGUUUCUCCCACUUGCAGUCCACUCCUCUUUUCUCGCUGUUUAUUCUUUUCUUUUGUCCAUCUCUCUCAUCAACCCCUUUUGACCACCAGCCCUCCCUCCCUUAGUGAACGCUAUAAACCCCCUCCUCCUUCCUGUCCAUAUUUUACUCCCCUCUCUCCCUCCUGCUCUCACCUCCCCUGGCUCACUGUACUCUAUCUUGCUUUCUCCAUCUCCUCUUUCCCGCUCAUUUUCCCCCUUCAUUCCCCCAUGAUCAGUGUCCCCCCCCCACCCUCCCACACUCCAACUCUCCCUCUCUUCCUUUGUCUCCUCUCCCCACUGCCUUACUAUGAAUGCAUGUGUGUUUUUCUAUGACUGACAGAGAGAGAUGUUAGCCCACUGCUGAGCUGUGUGUGCUGGCACUGUAGACCCGGCAGUGUGGCUAGCUAACACUAACAUAGAAAACCAGCAGUGACAACCACAGUGAGACGAGUACAAGUUGUUUGUGUGAGCUUCCUCUGACAAACAACUUGGGUUUUAGUACCAGCGCCAAAGCUUUCUCAAAACUUGAAAUCUUCCUCCACAUUUCGUAAACGUCUCUAUUGUCCGUUUCCAUCCGGAUAAUCCAGUGAUGUAUGAAAAUGUCGUAAUUAAUAACCCACAUAAAUUAACAUGCAGCUUUCUCUUCAUGCAUACAGAGUCUCUACCCACAAACAACACCCCCACACACAUUUCUAAUUAUGCACGCAGAUAUGCCAAUCAUUUGCAGUUAGCCCCCACAGGAAGGGUUAAUGAUCUGCACACAAUCACACAUUUACCAGUGAUUAUGAUAUAACCGGCAGACGGACAGGAUAGAGGCAUCCCCUGCUGGGUUUCAUGUUGUUUACAAUCGGAGUUUAUUUGUUGUUGUUUACAUUGUGAUCGCAGGCAGUUGUGAGUGGAGAUGCGCUCUAGUGUUGACCCACAUCUUAAGCAACAAUUGGCUUGAAAUGUCUGUCAGCUCUCACAUGGCUGCAGGGAGAAUUGGCGCUGAAGAAGUACACCGCAUACCGACGCUUGUACUCUGAAGGUGGGAGUGAAACUCAGAAGUCAACAUAUUUACGGUGCUUAGGGGGGUGUAUUUGUGCUGUCUCCUGAUAAAUGGUGCUGGUAAUUGGAGGCAAACAAUCCGUUUGUAAGUUAAAGCCACGCUUUGUUGUUGUACAAAAAGAAGAGCCGGUAAUCUUACUAUAAUGUGAAGGAUUUGUGUCUGUGGGACCCAUUGGUUAUAAGGACAUUUGAUGUUUCUGUUGGCGUGUUUCUGCACGCUUCAUCCACAUGCUGUCUGUUCUUUUUAAAGUGUUUACAGGUUCGACGUUUUUUUUCUUUCAGUGCUGAAAACACCUUGACAUGCACAGUGACGAUGAGCAGUGGUUACCGCUCAAUUUGGCGGCUUUAACCGGACUACUGUAACAAGCACAAGAAAGAAUCAAACGGAAUUAUUGAACGAAGCAUGUCCGCCUCUGCUGCAGUAGGUGGUGACAUGUUCCCUUUAGGGUUGUUACUAUUGGGUCCUGUCCCUUUUGAAAUAUUAUGUAUGAGAACAAUCAACGUAACACUUAAGCAAGAGGUGAAUGGGAUAUACUGCACGAACUAGUAAAACUGCGAGUUUUACAGCUCUUUACUGUUUUUUUUACAGUAAGACAGUUUUGUCUUUUUUAGAUCAUUUCUACGUUUCUUGAGGUUUUUUCUAGAGGUGAAUAGGAUAUACUGGACAAACGGUGAAAAACUGUGCAUUUUACAGCUCUUCACUGUUUUUUACAGUAGGUAAAUUUUGUCUUUUAUAUAUCCUUUCUGUGUCAAUUGAGUUUUUUUCUAGAGGUGAAUGGGAUAUUCUGUAUGAAUUAGAAAAUCUGCGAAUUUUACAGCAUCUUACUGAUUUUUUUACAGUAGGAAAGUUUUGUCUUUUUACAUCCCUUCUGCAUUUGUUGAGGUUUUUUCUAGAGGUGAAUGGGAUAAACUGUGCGAACUAGUAAAACUGCGAAUUUUACAGCUCUUUACUGUUUUUUCACAGUAGGGAAGUUACGUCCUUUCUGUGUCGAUUAAGUUUUCUACUAGAGGUGAAUGGGAUUUACUGUACAAACGGUGAAAAACCGUGAAAUUUUACAGCCCUUUUCCUUUUUUUCACAGUAGAACAGUUUUGUCUUUUUGACAUCCUUUCUGCGUUUGUUAAGUUUUUUCUAGUCAAGCAGUCAUGCUAUUCAACUUCAACUAAAAAUGGUUAGCGCUAGCCUUUUUUUUCUGCGUGUCAUGCCUCCAAAACCAGGUCAGAAAUUAAUUUAAAUCUGGUAUCUGAGCUUUUGCACACUUAUGUUCAAUUUAUACUCACCAGAUUACUUUAGCUCACUUAAGUGCCUCCUCUUAAUACCAGCAGUUACCCAGCUUCUCUGGGUAUGUAAACACACUACACAUCACCUGUUUGCCUGCUCCUCCACUCUCCACAACAACAACAACAAAACCACAUCAACAGCAGCGCAGGCUUAAUGCCUCUUUGUCCCCAAGUGUCAGCUUUGAUGGAGAAUGUCCUGUCAGGCUGCACACAAGCAGGCAGCCCUCGCCGUGCGGUUGCUAACCGUUGCGUCAGAGGAGGCAAUAUUUUGUUAAAGUCUUUAAAACAAGGCCACGAUUUGCAUUUUAAAAACUGCUAAAACCUUUUUUAAAAAAGCCUGUAUUGAUUUACAUGUUUGCACGCUUUUGGCCGCCACAUAAAAAAAAACAACAAAAAAAAAAAGUGUCCUAUUUAGCGGCUUUACACCUAAUGUUGCAAAAUCUUUAAUUUCGAUGCUAAUACAUGAAAAGUUGUUAUGUACGCAUGCCUCAGAGUAACAGAGCAAAGUCUUUGUGUGGACUUGUUGACAUGGUUGAGAGGGGAGAAGGAAGGGGUGGGCUUGAUAUCUCCCCCCUCUUUCUCCUCUCUUGGUGUUUUUUUUUUUCGUGGCGGCUGUCUCUUCACGCUCAGUGUCACAUCCUCAUAGCACACAGCAGUAAAUUAAUCAGAGAUAAUGCUUGCCUGAUGGAGACCUUCCCCCAAAACAUACUCUUCACCCCGUCCUGCUCCCUCUCCCCUUUUCUUUGUCUACCUUUUUUCUCUUCAACACAAUUUACAAUCGCUGAAGAAAGGUUACCCCAACAUGCUUGUGACGCUAAUAAGUGAUUCUGCCUGGUUUCGAUGAAACUAUCUGGCGGACAAUUAGGGAGGUUUUUCCUCUCCGCAGCAUGAAAGCAACCUUUGAGUGCGGUAGCUUCGAGAAAGGGCAUCACUGGAAAACCACAUUUCACUCAACUUUUACAGGGCAAGUCAAGGUUAACAGUGGCAGAAAUAGAGGAUUAACUGAGGAGGAAGAGGACGGAGGAGAAGAGGUGGGAGGAAAAAAGGGGGAGGGGUGUAAGUAAAAGGCCUUUAGGUAAAUGUUGGAGUGCCGACCAGAUCCUUUGUCCUGCCUCGGGGCUGUGUGAGGUGAUUGGACCAGCUGAUAGGCCUUUUAUAAUGCCCUCCAUCGGCUCAAUCUCAGGGGCUUUUAUGAGCACCUUCAGCAAACACGCACACACACACACACACACACACAUGCGCUGAUACACACAUCCACUACCCCCUUAUUCAAUGUAGGUGUAAUUGGGAAAGAGGCCCCUUCCUCCAAUGUGUGUAUCGCUCUCCUGGGAGCUGACAGGCUGGAGGUGUGUAUGUCUGUGAGUGAGUGUGUAUGUCUCUGUGUGUGUGUGUGUGUGUGUGUGUUUGUCUGCUGUGGUUACAGGCAGAGUGUUUAUAAUCAAAGUCAGCAGCGAUAAAAGGGUGCUCGUGUGUGUUUAUGUUGGUGUGGUUUAUGGCACUUAUUGGCAGGUUGUGUGUGUGUAUAUGUGUGUAUAUGUGUGUGUUUGUCCAGAGGGCAGCUGGGAAGAAAGGAUCAUUCGAGGCUACCUCUCUCUGCUAUUACGACCCCCAUUAUCACCACUGGACCGGCCACUAAACACUAAUGAACACACAAACACACAACGCUGAUGAGGUGAAAGGCAGCUGAGGCAGCCUGGGGAGCAGGUUCUUGAAGGAACUCCAGAAAAAGAGGGAAACAUGGAGCUGGACGUAAGAGACCUUUGAUUAGUGCUGUUCACUUCAGCUCAGGCAGCAUAUAAUGAACCUGCUUUCAGCUGGUGAAGUCAUUUUCUCCUAGUUAAAUGUUCCAUAGCCUAGAUUACUAAAAUGAACAACACAUCAGAAAAAGAUUCACUGCGUUGGUCUUUGAAAUUACAGUCACCUCUGUGACAAUCAAGCAGAUUUUUUUCAGUAGCAUGUUGUGCGAAAAGAUCAAUUUGUUGCUUUAGUCUGACUGAAAAUGGACAUGUAAACACAUUUGUAUACACAUUAAGCUGGAUGUUAAACAGCAUGGGUGUGUUGCUAGGAAGCAAGGUAGUAAACAAAACCUCAACAGACAAAGAAAACUUUCCUAUCGUACUGAAAAACAGUAUGAAGCUGUCAAGCAAAUGGUGUUUUUACCGUUCGACGUACACCAGGAGACGGUCUGAUAGUAACAAGCUGAAAGGGGGCAUGUUGCCGCCUACUGUAGUCGAGGAGGGACAUGCUUCUGAAUAGUGGAUGUUAACGGGGACAAGGACAGCAGACUAGUCCAGUUAAGUCAUCUAAACAAGCUCAACUUCACCAUUACAAUUGGCAGGUGGAGUCAAGGCGUGCACAGUCACACCUCUUUUGUAACCAAAAGUCACAUUAAAUUUACAGAUGAAACGCUAAAGAUCCAAUCGUUUGGUACAAGGGAUGCAACAAUCUACAUUUUUUCCACAUCUGAUCCGAUCUUGAUUCCUGAAUUUGGAUAUCUGACGAUACGGAUACUAUUCCAAUACCAGCGCCCUGUUAGCUUUACCAUCAUUGUUAUCAUUAUUGUUUAUUUUUUGAGACUGACCGGCAAGAAUCACUUGUACAGUCAUUUCAGCAGACAAAGUUAAAGCAAAGAGAUGACUUAUGGAUCAGAAAUUUUCGCAGGUUGGAUCGGAAAUUUCUGAUCCAUGAAUUACGUUGGUAUCAGAACUCGAUACCAAUACUGGAUCCUCAUCUUGGUUUGAAGCUGACUCGAAUGGUCAAGGAAAGUUCAUUGACUUUUGUGUUAGUGUCAUAUUUUCUCUCAGUCUUCUCUACCUCCAAUCCGACAAAAGCCAAAUUUGUCAAUGAGAAGGCAAACAGAAAGUUCCUACAACAUCUAGAACAAGCAGAGUUUGCACCAUUAAAUGAGGGCUUGAUAUGUCUGCUACGACACAAGUACCUCAAUUUGAGAAAGGGAGAAGUUGAUAACAGACCCAGGGACAGACGGAAAAACAUCCUCAGAUGCUCUCUCUCUCUCUAUCGCUCUCUCUCUCUCCCAGCCCUGCACUCUGAAGCUCUUCAUUUACUCCAUUUCUGACACAGAGCUCAGACACUUCACUUCUUCAGCCACUUCCUUUUGUUUACUCCAGCGCUGCAUCACAUAAAUGAUCAGUGUUGUUGAUCCGGCAUCGCAGACAUAAGAAAAAUGGAGCUGAAUGAUGAAGAAAGACAGGUGGUGGUGGGGGAGAGAUAGAGGAUGAAGGAAAGGAGGAAAAAAGGAUGAAGAAUGAGGAUGGGUGGGGGUGUUUACCAGCCAGACACUCUAAAGGUCGUCACGACUCCCAAAGCUGCUGCCUUUGUUCGCGUCAGUGGGCGACCCCCUCACAGCCCGCAUUGACUCUCAGACACACAUUCAUAUAAACUCUCAUUUGCCGGCCUGCGUUCAGGCAUCCAUGCACGCCCAUACUUGUGCACAUAAACAACAGCAUCUCUGAAAAACAGACACAUUUACUUAUAAACUAUCACACACACACAAACACACACGUGCAGUCACAUGAGGCCAAAUGAGUAGCUUGAAGCAGUGAGAUCCUGUGUAUUCCCUCUGCUCAUUAGGGCAUACAGCAACAUCAAUUCAGGGAAAGCCCAUCACUGUGUGUGCUUCUGUGGGUGUGUGGUCAUAUAUGAGUGUGUGUGCGAGUGUGUGUGGAUUGUGUGCAGAUUUCAUUUUGUAAGAUGGCUUAUCCCCGCUUCCACAUCCUAUGGUUUCUUUCUUUUCCCUCGCUCUAAUCAUCAUGCUUUGCAUUUUAAAUGCGUCUCCAUCACUACACUCAUUACAGCCAUUGUUAUCAUUGCAUUCAUCAGUUCGUCUAUUUUUGGAGUCAUACCUCGGGGGUUUAGCUCAAACAUUUGUCAUUGUUGACAUCGUUUUAAGGUGUUUUCAGGCACAUUUUACUUUGAAAAUACAAAAUUGAGAAUCAACAAUUAUGGGCUCAGACUGUCCACACACAGAGGGGAUGUUUUUGAACAUGUAGUUUCUUUGCAUUUCAGCCUUUAGUCACUGCAUAAACAGUAUUUUCACUCACCUAUAACAGAGGUUUUUAAAAAAUGCCUUCAAAGGUGGAGAUUUUUAAGAGUUUAGCUGUGUCUGUAUUUCAGUGAAAAGCAAAAACAAUAGAUCUGGGAAGCACUGACGUCAGGUAACCAAUGUUUAUGUGUGUUAUGUAUGUGCCAAGUUGGCAGACUUCCAGUUUAUAUCUGUUUGGCAGUGUUUUGGGGCUGAUGGCUGAGUCACAGAAGAUCAUUUCACUUUAUAUCUGAUUGCAAAACUUGAGCAAGCAGUGUGUGAUUCUUGCUUCAAGAGCUCUUCCUAAACAUUUGUUUGGUGCACCUUGACAUUAAAAGAGGUGUCAGGGUUAGAUAUGUUGGUUGAGUAUCUUUAAACUUGGUUUUGAAGGUGCUUACUUAAGUCAAGCGUAAAGUAGGGCUGGGCGAUAAACCGAAGAUUUACCGAUACUGAAAUUUAGGACAAUAUCCAACGUCAUUUUGCCCAUUUCUAUAUACUCGGUGUCAAAAUAAAUAAAUAAAUAAAAGUUGGUUUUGGAUGUGUGUCGGCAGGUGAGGAGAUGGUGGACGGUUCAAAAGUUGUAACGGCUGAAGUAGAUGAAGUUAAUGUGGGAGGGGCUGAGCAGAUUGUGGAGUAGUCAUCGUCCAUUUAUCGAUAUUGAGGUGAACUUCUCAAUAUAUCGUGAUAUUAAUUUGAGGCCAUAUCGCCCAGCCCUAGCGUGAAUUCAGCUUUGAGAGGAACAAGCUUAGAUGCACUGACGUCAUUGUCAUGGGGUAUCAGCUUAUCUGUACAUUAACAUCUACAGUUAAAAGGUCACAAGGUGUACACCCUGACUGAAACAUUUUCAUUUAGUGUUUAAAUCUACUGUAGAAAAACUUUUAGUAUCUUAAAAUCAGAAUUGCAUUAAUUGAAAAAGUCUGAUUCAACGUUAUAAAAGCUUGAAACCUCCUUCAUCUGCAUCCUUCCAACGCUGAGCUCUGUCUUCUUCUCCAGCCCUCAGUGUCUUUUCCACCUGACGUUUUCCUCUGCUGCUAAUGUAAUAUCGGAUUAAGGGGAUCCUAGUCAGUGCUGUGUAUGUACUGUAUAUUUGUGCGUGUGUGUCGGGCCCAGAGGCUGGUACAAAAGUGGGACAUCCAACCUAUAGCACCAGUAUAGAACAUGAACGCCAACUGUGCAUGUGUGUCUUUGAGUGUGUUUAGCCUAAGCCCAAAAGAUAGCACAUAUGAAGGGACCCCAGCCUAUAGUAUGUGAAUCAAGGGCAUGCUGCCAUGGCUCAUGUCAAUCAAAGGCAUAUUCAAAGGUAAAGUGCAGGGGAGAGAGCGGAAGAGCAUUUCCCCUCAUCUGUCGCUCAAGGGGUUAACUGUUUUAUGGAGGGUAAUUCAGGACUUAUAUACAUCAACCUGACACACACACACACACACACACGUUUAUAGAAGACCCGGUUAUCUACCCUCUAGCUCUUAUACUACAUAAACACACAGCAGACACUACCUGAAGACUAUUAUUCAGUUAACUGUCGCAGCAUGUGAGCCAUUAAUGUGUUUUUACACGCAGUCAGACUCACUUUGGCCAUGACGCGUUUAUCUUUGAGGACAGAGAUUUUCUGCUCAUCCAGAAGCGGUUGUCACAGAGCCAUAAACAAACAUGUUGGACUGUUUCUGUGCUAUAUGCUCUUUAAAAAAGACGAAUCAGUUAUUUAGUUAUUUAUAUAAAACAUACAAUCCUUUGAAAACUGUCCUUUCAGGCAGCAGAUCCAUACGUAAUUGUGCAUUUGUAGCAACCGGGAAAAUAAAUACAUUUGCUCAAACAUAUGCAUACGGUUUCCAGUGUGUUUAUGACUGUGAAAGGGCUGUGUUAUAUUGUCAAAUAAAAAAGAUUGCAAUAUUUAUCCUUUCUGCUGUUGUGAUAUAAAAAAUGCAAUGGUUUUUACCAGAUAAAUGAAGUGUUUUUUAUGUACUUAAAGCUUCUGUGAGGAUUUUUUUAUGUUUUUGAAAUAGACUGACAAUCAUAUUGAUGCCUUUUGUAUGAUCGCCAAAAGCAAACAAGAUCAUUAGCAACAAGUUACAUGAUUUUUAUUUUGUCAUUUUAAUGCCUGAGAGUGUGAGGUGGUAGGUUUUCAGAAGAGCAGCUGAAGAAACAGUCCUGUUUUUCCAAUUCCCACAUUAAAUAUUCACAGCAAAUGAUGCUUGUCACUGUUGAAAAGAAAACAGUAUGAGAUUUUUUUUAAAAGUCAUUACUCAAGCGUGUAGAAGAGAAGGUAAACUAGACUGUUUUGCCCACAAGGGGUGUCAAAAUGGACUCAAAGUAGUAAUUUCUAAUGAAUAAGAAACUCACUGCUUUUCCUACAUGUGAUUUUCUAAACAUUCGACCAGAUGUGAGCAGCAGCAGGUGUGGAUGUUUUUAAAGUAAUACUUUUCUUUUGAGUCCUAAACCGGUCUCAAGCAUUUGCCAGAAUCUUCUCCUAUCGCAUUUCAAGGUAAUGUGACUAACAGAUAGAGACUCUGCAUGCACAGCGGUCAAUUCUAUAGGGAUACAUUAGAGUGACUUCAGACAAUCUAUUUAUUGUAUAUUGAUUCUGAAAAAAUGAGGAAGUGGUGACAAGAUGACUUGUUUUUGGCCGUAUGACACAGUCAAGUGAAAGUGCUGUGUGUCUCCCUGCUCUGCCCUCCGUCACAACCACUACACUGUUAACUCUCAACCACUGUUUGUCAAUAUUUCUGUUUAGCUUCUGGUAAAGUUAGAUACUCUACAUUACUUUUAUGUCUGUUUCAAUCAAGAAGAGAGAAGAGUAGCGGGACAAUAAUACCACCUGGUGCUGCUGUGUUUAUUAGUCAGACCUGCAGACUGUUUACAGCGAGCUUUACAGCCCCGCACCAUGAUUGACACCCAUAAAAUCACAAAAUUGGAAGAUACAGAUGGAGAACACACUGCAGAUGCACACUAACACACACCUCCUACCAUUAUGAAUCAUAAAUUAGGGUAAAUAUUUUGGUUUUACCUUAUUUUUUCACACACAGGUAGAAAAACGUACCGUGAAUCAGCAGGACAAACAUAUUCUCUGUCUUUGCUUUGUGGUUUAGAUGAAUAAAUAUGCGAGUAAGCCUGCUCUGCUGAUCUGUAGACAGUUUUGUGAAGCUACAGUACAGCUGUAACUGCCUGUCUAUAGACACAUGAAGAAGUAAUACACACACCGCACACACUAAAGGUCUUUGGCUCCACGCCCGGCUAAUGUACGCCACACCCUGCUCUGCUCUCACCAGAGGGUGUUCACUCAGAAGUGUGUGUUGUUCUGAGACUAGUAAGCAAACACAGUGUGCCUGUUUCCAUCGGCACGUACUGCUGCUUACUCAUGUGUACGAAUGUCUCUCUCUCUAUAGCUCUGUAUGCUAACCUCAGCUGUGUGUGUUUGACAGCGUGCAUGUGUGUGUGUGUGUGUGUGUGAGAGAGACAGACACAGAAACAGAAGCCAAAGAGCUAAAACAUGCAGACGCUUUAUCAGCCAAUUAGCUGCCAGCAAAUACAGAUGAUUAAAUGUUUUGUGGCUUUCAGCAAUAAUAUUGUGGAGUCUUAAUGGCUUCAUUAUGUACUCUGCUCUAUACAUUACAGACCCUAUACAUCCAGUGACACAGUGUACUCUCAACAGUGGCUGUGCGCAGGGUCUUUUGGCUUUGUGGUUAGAAGGUUCACAGUUGUGUCAUAAAGAAAUCAGACUCGUAACCUUUCAGAUAGAUCACAUCCUCUCCUCUCCCUUUUUGCUAGUUAAAGAAAAAUCCACCACCACCUUGUCUUUUCUAACAGCUGUAAAACAGUCUGUGUUCUUGGGGUUUGAUUGAUAAUAAUCGUACAAAGCAAUCUCUUGAACAGAGCAGUGUUUCCGCCUUUGAUCUUGAAAGCUUUGAAAGUCAGCAACCACCCAUAAUGAUGUCUUCAUCGCCCUCGCCGCGCUAAUGAAAGUCGAUUUUCGCAGCUACACAACACAGGAAGCUUCUGAGGCUGACACUGUUUUUUUUUUUCAUGUGUACAGCAGAGAGGACAGAGAAAUACGCUCAUGGAGUACCGUGUUAAAGUUGUGUGAUAACGCUCCACCUUUCACUUCCACUCGCCUACUAUACGUUGUAAUCUAAAACCGUCUUUUUGUCCACUGUGAUAAAUGUGAUGUAUCCACUCUGCAUGCGGGUAUCUUGAUGUUUCCGAGCGCAUCUUUCAUCCGUGGAGUAGGACUGAUCUGGGUUAAAGUUCAAUGUAAAGCUUGAGUUACAGGGAAUCAGAUGGAGGUUUGGCACUUCUUCUCAGGGAGCUGCUGAGACUGUUUGAAGAGAAUGAUGCCCGUGGCUCCUAUUUCAAGGAGUUGGCUGCCAGGCCAGUGCAUAUGUUGUUAUGGCUAGGAAGAUGACUUGGUCCUUUGAUUAUAUGCCUGUCUAUGUGUGCAUGUGCGUGUGUGUGACUUUCAGAGCAGAUGUGCAGUUCAGUAAGGCUUGAAAACCAAUAAAUGUAUGCACACUGUUGAAAGAGGAAGAGAUUUAAAUUUUCCUCGCAGAGCUGUCUGCACUUCUAGUUUUCAUCUGAACUCUGUUAGCACUUGUGGAUCUCACAGGCUGGUAGCAAACCUUGUAGUACAAACUAUAACAGAGGAAUGAUCAUUCUGCUGAAUAAGCAGAACAAAGGGUGUGAAAUUGAAGGUGUAAAUAAGAUAUACUGUGUUUUACCAUCAUUAAACUAAUUGUGUAAUUGUCUGCAAUAAAUAAAGAAGACGUGUGACUCUUGAGUAGCAUGCUAAAGGUUAACAUAAAUGCCACACUAAAGGAGUUCAAUGUUUUCAUGAUCUUUAGCUCUUAAAAUCAAGUGCAACUGAGAUCAAAUUUCAGAGUAAUGAUUUCAUUUAGCUGACGCUUUUGUCCAGAGACAGGUGCUGUAAGCAAACAAGAGGCAAUGCACAGGGUAGGGCUGGGCGAUAUGGCCUUAAAUCAAUAUCACGAUAUAUUUGAGCAGUUCACCUUGAUAACGAUAAAUGGACGAUAACUACUCCACAAGCUGCUCACGCCCUGCCACAUUAACUUUGUCUACUUCAGCCGCUACAACUUUUGAACCAUCCUCCAUCUCCUGGAGUCACGUCUCCAAUGUAGGACAGCAUCUUAAAGGGACACACACAUCCAAAACCAACUUUUAUUUAUCUAUGUUUUUGAUACCGAAUAUAUUGACAUGGGCAAAAUGACGUUGGUUAUUGUCGUAAAUUUUUGGUUUAUCGCCCAGCCCUAGCACAGAGUAUAUAGAAUCAUUAUUUCCUCCUUUAAAACAGUGAUUUACUGUAAAAUCGUGAUGUUGUUAAUAAAUACUACAGUGACUGACCAGUAUAUCCGGCGAACAGUGAUUCAAAUAUUAAUAACUUAUGUAAAUGACUGCUUAUUCUGGGCCAAUUAGCAGUAGUGAUGAGGUUUAACACUCAUGCCAAAAAAGUUCUUCUUACCCUAGGCGAAUCAAACUGUUUCUACUUGCAGCGUAUUUUCUCUAUUUAAUGCUUGAAUGAAAACUGAAAGCAGCCGGUUCGCAUCUCCACUCUCAGUUUGAUCAAACAGGUUCAUGUUCUUUUUUUAUUUUUGGCACAUCACCUCUGAGGACAGUCAAACUCUGCCACCAUCACUUAAAAUGACCCAUGUGCUCAACUCUCUAAUACGACAAACAUCAACGUGCAGCUGUCAGCAGCACCUGUCCAAACCUCCCGCACACCCUCAAAUGUGUCAGGUGAGAGCUCAGACUCCACGCAUACGCACCUUGUGUGUAAAGCAGCUGCAACAAUACUGGCUGCAGGAAAUUGAAUAAGCAGCACAAUGCUAUAAACGCCCCGCCUUGGUAAAUUUCUCCGGUUUUAUUGAAAGGCUGUUUUUGAAAUGUGUGUUUUUCAACAAAAGGAUUUUUAUCGGUAAAAUCUCUGGAGUCUGAAUAAUGCGCACAAGCAUGUCAGAGGCAAGUCGUGUGAGUGUGAGUGUGUGUGUUCCUUCAUACACAUCUGCCAAUCAAGAGCUGUGUCCUUCAUGCAUGUUAGCCCCAUGUCAUAUGCAGAUUCCUUUUGUGGUUUGAUUCUAUGAGCAAGAGAGAGCGAGAGAGAGAGGGCGAGAUCAGAUAAGCACAAAGUUGAGGAGGAGUUUGCUGAUUUAUAGGAGCUUAUUGAGGAGGAAAUGGGCGUCAUAGUCCAGUGGCUGUAAUAAACGAGCAGACCUCCCUGAACUGCUCAGCAUCAAAGAGAUAGACCGACCCCCCACCACCCCCAAAAAACCCCCUCACAAAAAUACACAUGAAAAUAUACACACACACACACACACACAUAGACAAAGUCCUUGUUGCUGUCUGUCUUGCUCACUUACUUUCUUCACAGUUUGAUUUUACAGCAGCAGAGAGUCAAAGGAGCCCGAAGUGUGGGAGGGAAAGUGAGAGAGUUCUGAGUCCGUCCAGCAGGAGUGAAGGGAGGAAGAGGAGGGAGAGGACUGAGCGGAGACAGAGGAGUGUAGGAGUCAGGGGUGUGCUUGGCAGCGCUGGUCUUUGUUUCAGAGAGAAUUCCUGUUACCCACCACACCUUUCAGCUUCCUUCAUUAGAGCUGAGUGAUAGUUUGGAGCUGACAUCAGGGACUAAAGCCAGCAGGCAAUUGUUUAUACUAGCUGAUGAUCGUCCUUGGCCCAUUUAGUCCGGACUGGUAAAGAGAGAUAGUGUGUGAAGUCGCUAACACACUCGAACUGUGUAUUAGACUGUGUUGUUUACGUGCGAAACCCCCGCUGUGUUGUAUCUGAACUUUUCAAGAAUGUGUGACCCACGAUAAUUCUGUUGACUCUGGACAAAAGUUUUCCCUCAUUAGUUUGGUGUGUGUUUGUGAGUGUGUACGGGCAAAUGGAGUUCCAGUAAAAGAAGUUGGGAAUACUUUGUUCCAAAACAAGCUUUUGAGCAGUUUUACAUUCUUGAAUUCAAUUUUCCAGCAUUUUAAAGUCUGUGACAAAGUUUUGAAUUUUGGGAAGACUGCAAAUGACCGCUCUCAUGUGGAGCUUAAUUUGGGCAAAACAUGCUUCACACUUCAAGAACAGUCAAAUCAUACAGUUUAAAAGAAGCUGGUGACUGAAAAAAAAACAUGAAUAUGGUGCACUGAAGGUCAAACAUUUUACAACAAAUCACAUCUUGAGACGCUCUGCGAGAAGAUCUGGUCUAGAAGAUCUGUCGCCAUCAGGAUGGGACAAGAUUGAGCCUCAACUAAGAUCAGAUUAACUCUGAUCUCAUCGUAAUCUACCAUGAGUGUAGCACUUUUCAGCAUUUAGCAAGUCACAGCAACAAGUGAAAUCUUCCUUCUGACAGCCAGAAACUUUGAGCAGAACCAGACUUAUGGUAGACAGCCAUCUGCUGAGGCUGCGUUUGGAUGAAAACGAACAAUAACAACAGCCGUAACUCGUUGUUAUUGUGUGUUUGACCCUAACUUAAUUUUACAGCAGAAUAUCCCUUUAAAUCAGCUGCAGAAGAGAUCCAGGGGAAACUUCAGGACGAGGGAGCUCAAAAUCUCCAGAAAAGACUGGUUCAUGACUUUGGUAUCAAUCAUUUUGUUCAAUUUAAACUGUCGAGUUUUUAUGGCAAAGUAAUUUUUGGGCCAUUCAUCGCUGGACUGCUACAUGAUAAAUGUUUUUUCCUAAAACAAAAGUUUCUUUUAUAAUAUUUGCAAUGAUCUAAGCUGUAAGCUGAUGUCUUGGUCUGUCUGCAAUUCAGAAUUAAAAGGAAACUUAAACAGCAUUUUCAGUCUUUUAUUGGCUGAAAAAGAGCAACUUAAAUUUUAUCAACUACUUUUUGUCAAAUUGCUGCAUCAGUUUUUGUGUCUUUUCCUUGCUUUUUUUUUUCUUUACUGGAGGAAAUUUGUGGUUUCAUGAACUGGGCAAUUCUGUUUGUGACUGUCUUUGAAAAGAUAAGGGCUGUGUUGUUUACUGACACAGCUGUGAUUACACAAUGAGCCUGAGAGUACUCACCAGGAUUACUGUGUAAAAAAAACCCUCAAGUUUUAUUGAUUUGGCAGGGGUGUAACGUUCUUAAAUUCAGCUGCUACAAACUCAGAAGUACACACACAGAGGUCCUGCUUCAUCCCUUAUCACAUUCAAUAUGAACCCAGGAGCGAAAUAGGCAUUGUCAUAUUUCCUUGAUUUGGUUUUUAGAUGAUGGCUGUCACCUGCUGAGUCUGUCUCUGGAGAUUCACCGGGUUUUCUUUGAGUUCCUGUCAGAUAUCUCUCUGUUCUGUCAGCUCUGCAUAUAAAUGAAUGGGCUACUCAGUUCGUCCACCGUUAAACAGAGACUGCAGCUUCUUCUGUGUUAUUCCCCCCUUACAUGCGUCUGUGACCCCUCCAUACUCAAGGAACUACUGCUGUGCUGGGAGUAGAUUUAUUAUCAAGCUGUGAGAAUAAUUGUUUGUUAUUGUUCAACGUCCAAAAAACGCCCAAGAUGCCCGUCCACUGCGGCUGUGUCGAUAAAGUGUUUCUGAGAAGAGAGCAGGAUUACAUUUUUCCUCCUCAAAUGAUAAAAAUCCUCCUUCAACAUUCAACUAAACACAAAAAUGUGUCGAAAAACAAAAGUUAGGCCCACAUUUUGGCAUCACACCUACCUGUCCCACUAAGAAAGUCACAGUAACUUGAACCCCUGUUAUUUUCCCUGUCCAGAGUUUUGUUUGAAACUGGACACGACGCAUCCCCCACAGUACUGAAGACUUGGCCUCACACACACAGUUAAACACACACACACACACAAAUACACACACACACACACCCUGCCUCCCUCCUUUCUGACUUGUUCCUAUGCAGGCCCUUUGUUUUGUUGAAUUGACUAAAAAAAGAAGCUGGCACAUCUGUCCAGGAAGGUACAACAACUCUGAGCACACCUCUCACACAAAAACACACAAUCGGACACACACGCACACACACAGCACAUUGGCAAACGGGCACACAGCCAAAUAUCUCUCUCCAAACUCAGAACCCCUGAAGAGGGAGCUGUUGUUUUACUUGUACCUCCAUACCUUCACAGAGAUUAACCCAACUCAUUUUAGAGUCAUCUGAACUCUUUAGUGUUUGAUUUCUCCGCUUUAUUCAGCAUCUCUCGGGAAAAGUUGAGAGAAAUAACCUGUUUAUCUCGUUCGGUACCUUUUCUGUAUUUGGCAGGAAAGACAACAACCUGAUAAACACAUCAGUCGAUAAAUUCUGUAAUGUGAACCAGGGGUGGGAAUAGCCAGGUGACUCAUAACACAAUACGAUCAGAUACAGUUUGAUGUUAAAAGCAGCAAUACACUGUCAAAUCAGGAUACAGCAGUACUGUGAUAAUUAAAACACGGUUUCUGACAGGGCUACAGAUUAUUCUGUAUUGAAAUUUUGUUGUGAAUUUAAGUCAUUUAUACCCAAAGUUAUCCAGCUUUGUUUAACUUAUUUUUAUUUUACAUUUUUUAUUUCAGACAUAUUUGAAAAGUCCAAUUUCCAGCAUCACCAAUAUGAACAUUUUCUGUUUUUUAAAAUUUGAUUCGAAACAAAAUCAAUUUGGAUUUCAUUGUAUAUUAUGGAACAAAUCAUUCCUUUUACUUCAAUGCCACUUUGUCUCUGAGAAAUUUUGUUGUCUUAUUUUUUUUGUUUUCGUUCGUUUUAAAACAAAAUAGUUUCCCAAUCAAGGAAAACAAAAACAAAAUCAUCACCAUUAGACAAAAGCAUUAAUUGAAGCCGUGUUUUUCUUUCUGAAAGUCUUGUUGAGUUUGUCAAUAAUUGAUAAAAAAUAUUGAUUUUAGUGCAUUAUUGUUUUUGGCACAAUGACAGUUUUAAGUAAAAACUUACAUUUGUUAACCUUGUGUACACAAACGGUCGGUCCAAUGAAAGUGCAGUAAAAACAUUAUACAUUCAUAUUUUUUUUCACUUUUAAAGCAUCACAUCUUGUCAACAACUUCAGACCUAUCCAAAGAUAUAAAGUUUAUUAUAAUUUUUUGAUUUUUUUUUAGGUUUUUGGUGUCUUUUGUCAUGAGAACCCCUAGGUUUUUCAAUGGGAAAAACACAAAUUUUGCAAUAUUUCCAAAAAUGAGGUGCAAAGUGAAAUAUUUGUAAUGAAGAUAUAACAGCCCUGACCUUGUCAAUAAUUGAUAAAAAUAUUGAUUUUAAUACAUCAUUAUUUUUGGCACAUGAAAGAUUCAAACUCCUCCUUCUCCUCUUUGUUUCCCCCUUUUCAAAUUGCGUUGUACCUCUCUUGUCAGCAGUGAUUUUUUUUUUAUUGCAUUUUUUUUAAUGAAUAAAAAAUCAAAGUAGUUGUAAUUUCCUGUUAAUAGCUGGUAUAAGUCAUCAAACGCACAUUACUCAGGUCAUUCAAAUAGGUGAUUCUACCUGAGCAGUAUCCAUUAAAAAGUCAAUAGCUUUUUUACGUCUUAUAAAACACCUUGGCAGUUUUUGAUAUUAUAAAUAACUUAAUGGCAUCGGUGGGAACAUGUUUGUUUAGCCCCUGAAGAUCAAACUCAUUUCCCAUUUAUGAAUAGCCGGCAGCAAGAUAAAAUGACAUGAAUUUAUUUCAUGUAAUCUGCAUUAGUAAACAAGCUCAUAACUGCUUGAUUGUGCAUCCAUGAUGUCGUUCCUUUAAAAAGCCUCAGGGGUCAGAAACGGCGUCUGUUUUAUAACAAGUUAGUGAAGAAGGAAGAACAUUGAAAACACACACAAAAACACACACACACACAUACGGGCAUAUUUAGCAACACACAGACACACUAAAGGCAUGAAACUCAUUUAACAAAAUUCACUUAACAAUCCAUUAGCCCAUCCCGGCAUGUCUCCUGUGUCACAUGUGUCAUAUGUUUUAACAUGUCUCUGGCUAACACACACACACACACUCUUACACACACACACUCUUGCACUCACUGUCCCUGUGUUAAUUAUGGUCGUAUUAAGCACUCGGAUGAAAAAACUUAGUUUGAUAAAACCUCUAAUGGCAAAUGUGAUUUGGGAAAUUCCACUUCCCGCUCUCUCGUUUUCUCCCGCUCAUACAUCACGUCUUAAUUAUCAGUCCACCUAAUGUGUUUUUCUGAGAUUUACUCUUUCAUAUUUCAUCGUAGACAAAGCACCCACUAAUUAUUGUCUGUCACUGUUUCCAUGACGAUAAUAUCUACAGUCCCAUGCCGGCCUCCCAAGGUGACCAGGAAGUGGUUUUUAAGGCGACACAGGCUGGGGGUUAUGGUUGAAAGCGGCUUGUUUCUUGAUUUAUGUGGAGGCUGUAAUGACAUCAUAUUCAACAGAGGAAAGGGUAAUAAAUUAGACAUCAGCUAAUGGACGCCGAGGCUCUUUCUUUGUUAGCCGCGCACUCCUCUUUUCUUCCCUUCCUCUCCUUUUUUCUCUUCUCACAGGGAAAAACCAAUCCCUCUAUUUGGCCUACACUUUUAAUAUUUGAGUUUAAACUUAUUAGACUAAAUUAAAACUUAAUUAUUUAAAGAAAUGGGGGGGAAAUAUUAAUAACAGGACAAUUACUUCAGAGAAUCAGUCUCUAACUUUGACUUAAAUACGGAGUUCAUAUCAUACAGAGAGCUGCGAUGUUGUAGAAAGCAGUUGGAUUAACUCUUUUAUUUGUUGUCAUGUUUUUUGAUGUUAUCACAAAGUGUUGAGAUUUAAAGUUCUUACAGAUCUAAAAAUAAAACAGCUUGAAAGCUCAGUCUUAUGUGUCUGGAAAGCCACACUUUUUUAUCAAUGGGUACUUUUGCUCUGAUUCAUUUUUUCUCGAACGGCUGCUUCCCAAAAAUAAAUCAUCGCUCUGUCUGUUCUGCUUUAUAGAAGAACUCUGGAAAUCCCCCUUUCGCUCCGUUUGCUUCUUUAAGCAGCUCACAUUCAGCCCUCAGUGGUAACCAGCUGCUAAAAAAGGCCGGACUGCCUGCAUGUGGAGAAAUGCACAACUGCACCAAAAUCAACAACCCUGUCUAAAAUAAGUGUUGCGCUGCAUAGACACCUGUGUGGGUUAAAUCAGACCUUCAGUGAUGCUCUGUCGUCUUUUAUCAUCGUACAAAACCUGAGAGCAUCUCUUCACCUUCUGAUAAAAAGCAGCUUUUCCAUAAAUAUGUCUUUGCAAUGGUAAACUCCUUUGUAGUCGUGCCAAAUACAACUUUGAUAGUGAGCACGUCUGGAUUUUGGGACUUUCGUCUUCCGUCUAGAUGAGCUUCAGCAGGUCAACCCAGUCGAGGAGCGUCUGUGUCCUGAAGCGAUUCUAAAAAUAAACAUUGAGAGUCACGUCUGGGCUGUAACACUGUUGUUCUUGAACCUCUACACUGUUGGUUUUGGUUUUACAGUCCAGCGUUGCAAUGGACUGGCGAUUCCUUCUUGCAACAGACACUAUGUGAUUUGGUGUUGUUUUAAGGCCAUUUUCAUGUUAGUGUUUUCACUCAAUAUCACAUAUCAUUACAAAAUAAUUACAAGGGCCCUAAAUGCUUUAUUUCUAUAAAAGUUGUUUUUUCUGUCACCAAUCAGCCAUUGGUGAGUACAGAUGUUUUUGCAAUUUUCAUAAAGCUCCAACAUCUAUAAUAAUCUACAUCUAUAAUAAUAUUUUACUUUCAGUUUGUGGCAACUUUGGCUAACUUGUCUUUAAUAUGUUUGACACUCCUUUGAGGAACUAUGGGUUUGUGUGCUUAUUAGUGCUGGGCGAUAUGUCCUCAAAUCAGUAUCACAAUAUAUUGAUCAGUUCACCUCGAUAACGAUAAGUUGAUGAUAACUACUCCACAAACUGCUCACCCCCUCCCACAUUAACUUCGUCUACUUCAGCCGCCGCUCCAGCAGCUACAACUUUUAAACCGUCCUCCAUCUCCUCACCUGUCUUUCUCUCUUUGUUACAAACUUGAUAGGGUGGAGUCAUGUUGCCGACAUAGGACAGCGUCUUAAAGGGACAUGAGACCAUAGCCUACCUACACACAUCCAAAAUCAACUUUUAUUUAUUUAUUUGACAUUGAAUAACCGAUACGGGCAAAAUGAGGUUGGUUAUUGUUGUAAAUUUCGUUUUUUUGCCCAGCCCUAGUGCUUAUUUUAUCCUCUACAUACAGAGUUUUCUCACAAAAAUCUCAUCCUGCUGACUUUUAACGGCCAAAUGUAUCAUUUAUUGUGAUUAUUUUCUGUCUAAAAUGUACAACUAAAGCAGUUAGACUGUUGCUUACCCCUUCGCAAGGGUUUCAGGCAUCAAAAAUCAAAGUGUGAAAACGGUCAGUCUUGUUGCUGAUGAUCUACUUUGCUUUAGUGCACCAUAAAAAGUCAUCAAACUGAAUUUGUUAGUUUCAUACAGAUGGAAAAGACCCUGAUGUAUUCCCUUUUUAAAUACCCAUAGUUACCCAGGCAUACAUCAUAUUUUCUGAGUUAAUAAUCCUCUCUACCUGACAGGUAUUUCAAAGUCUGUUCACAUCCAGGUGAUAUAAAAUUGAGCUGAAAUAACAAGUGUAACCAGCAGAUCAGUUUAAAUCAGAUGUGAGACUCCAGUCCUGAUAAAGAAGAGUAAGUGUUGCAUCAUGUGACAGAUUUUGAACAACUUGUUUAUCCUUCUAUCUUCUAUUUUCUAAAAGGGCAAACAAGUGAGAACUGGCAUGUUUAUUUCAACAGUUUGUUGCCUGAUACUGAAGACUGACUGUGUGUACCAAUUAAGAUGCAGUAUGACCUGCUGUGAAAACUUGGUGAAGGGGCUGAUGUCAUGUUUUUCCAAGGCAGCGGGAGAUUUCAUCAUUGUAAUAAAAUUGACUUUGAUCAUUUGGCUUCUGUACACCAUCAAAGUGGCUCACCCAGGAAAAAACACACACAUAUAAUUACACAUAAUCGACACACUAGUGCUCGUAGCCUUAAUAGAGAUCCUGCACCAUAGUUACUGUCAGUAAUAAAGCUAUUGACAUCUCUUUGAUCACAUGGAUUGGCUCCCCCUGAGGAAUACACACAGAAGGAUUAAGAUACCUGUCUGCUAGUUCACUGUGUGCCAAUUAAAGAGACAAACACUGUACGUGGGUGGUUGCAGUCCAUGGUAUGGAUCGGCUAGUGUGUGUACUUUAAAGCACUGAGCUUAUGUUGACAAUACAGGCUUUAGGGAUUGGGAACUAGUCCCACAUCAGUCCAGUUUGGUUUUGCAUUUAUUCAUUUAAAUUCUUUACAGUCGCAUUUUCGCUGGUGGCUGUUGAUUUAUCCAGCAGUGUCUGGGUAAUUGCGUCAGUCCACCACGGAGGACAGAAAACAGCGAGCGGUUUAUAUGGAUUCAUUGCACCAGAAUGUCUGGAUAUUGUCUUCAUAUCUGACCAAGAUGAUGGUUUACUGCGUUAUGUGUGUGAGUGUGAAAUCUCAGAAUACCUUGAGGAUCUUGUCUCGAAGUCGCUCAGAGUUUUAAAGUUUGAAGAAUGCGUAUCAGUCCUCUUUUUCUUUGUGGUUGUUUCCAACAGGCGGUCAGAAGAGGAAGACAUGGAUAAGGUGACAGCUGCCAUGGUGCUAACAAGUCUCUCCACCAGCCCGCUGGUCAGGAGUCCACCUGUCAAAGUCAACGGUGAGUCUCAACACUCAUCAAGUGAUCAACAAGUCUUAAUCCUCCGUUUAUCAUUUCCUAAAAUCAGGCUGACUUUCAUUAAAGUAGAGGUGCACCGAUCACAAUUUUCUGGCCGAUCACGGAUCUUUAAAAAGGUUGACCUGCUGAUAUCGAUUAUGGAUGAUAACUUUUUUUUUAUUACUGACAACAUCCACCUUCAAUGCUCCAAUCUUAUUUUAAUGAAAAACAUUGAACAAUACUUGUGGAACAAUACAAACCUUUUUGUGUUUGUUUUAACUGCACAUGAGGUAGUUCUAUCAAAUAUAAAUGAAAAGUUUAGAAUAUUGCCGUCCAAACUACUAAAUCAUAUCCGUUCCUUUAGUCUCUUAUUUUCCACAUUUUAAAAAUUAACAUUACUUGCACAACAGGUCACACUGCAGGCCUGUUUUGAGCCUCUUACCAAAGGUGCACAGCCAUAUUUUGCUUUUUCCAAAUUAAGGGUAUCACAAGGUUUGAGGAAGUUAGUUAAAUAAUAAUCUACAGGACAAACUAAACUGGUAAGCGGGCCUGUCAUUCUGGCAAAAGCAAAAAGCUACAAAGGCUGACUUUUGGAGCUUUGCUAAAGUAGAUAAGAUCGAUGGAUAAAAUCGGUUUGAUGUGUAAGGAUCAGCCGAUCAACCAAAACUGAGGAAAUCAGCACCGAUUUAGAAGAAAGAAAUAAGUUUGAAAGAAAUGCAGUAAAAAGUUAAACAAGACUAAAUUAACACCAGCUACAAAAUUAUUCAAAAAAGAAUGAUGGAAAUUGGAAACUGAGCAAAUAUGAAAUCUCAAAAUUAAACGCCAGAUAUUAAAGAAAAAACUGUUUGUUUUUUUUCCUUUUUAAAAACAAUAACUUUUUUAUAUAGCAUCUUAAAAAUAAAAGUUUGACGGACAAAGCAGAUAAAUAAUAAUCAUAACAGCAGAGAUCAUAAAUCACAGAUUUAGAGUAAAUAGAAGGACAGAAGGUAAGUGGAUCAGAGGACUUCACAGAAGCUUUAAUGUAUGAGAGCUUUUAUAUAAAAAUAAAUCCAUGAAACACCUGAGGUUGUAUUGGAUAGUUAGAACCAUUUUAUAACAUGCUCAAAACAUGAAUUUUCUGAACUUAUGAGAAGAGGUCGCUGUCUGACUGUUUUUGUAUUUUUGUUUUUGUAAUUUUCUGUGUUUGGAAGUUGUAUGUCUGUUAACGAAAAACUGCAAAACAAAGUCUAAAAAAAAAUAAAUUCACAAGAUAAAUUAAGUAAAAAUGACAAAGUAAAAACACACAAAAGUACGUCUUUUAAAGUGAGUUUUUCAGGAGGGAUUUAAAGAUGUCACUGAUCCUGCAUGCCUAAGUCCUCCAAAAUUAAGCGGCCUUGAUGCAAAAAGCUGAAACUCUUUUAGAUUUGAGGCCCCACCUGAGGAUCUCGGGAUGCAAGAAGACUCAUACAGUGUCAGCAUUUCUGGGAUGUUACUGUAAGAAGCAGUGAGCUGUAAAAGUGAUCAGUCAAAUCUUCAGUUCAGUUCUAAGGAUUGGAGUGACGGUGUCAUAACCUGUGUGAAGCUUUCUCCCUCUUUUGUUAUAAAGUAGAUCUGAUGAAAAAUGAACACAAACAAGAACAAAGCCGCCUAAAGCCUGUAACGUGCAUAAAUCUGCUGUUCACUGACUCUCCGCUCCCUCACAGCUGUUAUCUUGUGAACACAUGCGGAAGCUGAGAUAGAUAAAUUACCGCCACCUGCAGUGCUUUAGGAUCCUCUCAUCAGUGACUCCUGCAACCCCACAGAAAAAAAAAAGCAAACCGAGUCUGGAUCUGUGCCUCUCAACACGAUGGCGGGAAUCCAAAGCGCCCCAUAACCGCUAUCACAUGCAACUCCUUACAGUCAGCUGCACAACCCACCGACUUUGCAUCCAGCAGAGCGGACAUGCAGCCCCUCUAGCCACCAUGCACGUGUUAUCACAGUCAUAUACACACUUCAUAUAUACAUCAUCAUGCACACAUGCACAAAGUGGCUUUUACAUACCAACUGCACAUCUAUAUCCUAAUGUAGGGGAUCAUGUAGUGUGCAUCUACAUCAGCACACAGAAGGUUUCUCAGGCAGCGAGUCACUUCCAGAUGCUGGCGAUGCUCGCGCCUCAAUCGACAUGCAACUGAGACAUGUUUUCUCAUCUUCCUAACUUGAUAUUUUCACCUCAAAAGCAAAUGUGUUUUUGAGCAGCUUUCAACUUAACUUUGUCGUCGAUGUUGAAAAAGAAAAAAAGUUUGGAUAGAUUCAAAACCAAGCAGUCAGACACUCCUCCAAGAAGCCAAAACAAAGCAAACAAACUGGGUCUGCUCUCAACUCUGUCUGCUCACAUCUUACAAAAGUGCAUGUACUUUUUUUUUUUUUUUUACACACACUUUUGUUCGCAUUGAAGUUUUCCCCAGCCUCAACCUUCACAAAGUGAAAACUCUUUUGUAGCUGAUACUCAAAAGAAACGCUUCUUUGAUGAUGUGAAAAAAAAACAAGACCUUGGAGAAGUCUCCUCAGAAUCUCAGAACAAGAGAGUAACCUUUUAUUUUCUCGUGUCACAGCCGACUGUAUCGCUAGGAGGCUCUUUUGUGUGAAGUGCAAAUAAAGCCGACUGAUUUUAAUCUAAUGUCUUGAUCUCCCAUCAAUGACAGAGGAACACCCACAUGUUUUUUUAAGUGUUGUAUCAUCCACAGAUAUCCCAAAGAACUGUUUGUCAGCUUUAUCUCCAUGCUCUAACUUUUCUUCUCACUCCUCUGUCUCCUCCCUCUCUCUUCUCUUUUUCUCAGAGAGCGGUUCGUGGAAAGACAACGGCUCGGCCGGCCCCUUCACCCCAUCCAGCAACAGCUCCUCAGGGGGCUACUGGAGCUGGUCCGCCCCCAGUGACCAGUCCAACCCUUCCACACCUUCUCCACCGCUUUCUGCCGACAGCUUCAAGCCCUUCCGUGUGCCCAGUCUGGGUGGCGUGGGACCCGGUCCUGCGGGACCUGAAGACCCGAGUCUGGACGACCAGGACGGCAGCAGCCUGCUCUUUGAUGAGCCCAUCCCUCGCAAGCGCAAGGUGAAUUUUCAGAGUUUAAAGGUGGAAAUGCUUCUGUUUGGUAAAAUCAAUCAAAUCAGUGUUUUGUAGUGCUGAAGGCAUCUCCACUAUGAAAGAAAACUAGUUAACGUAACCAGAAUGAUCAUUUUGUAAAGGCAAAGAGGUUUUUUUUUAUUAUUUUAUUGUCUUCUGAUCAACUAAAAUCUCAUCUUUCAUCAUCUUAUGAAAAAGUAAUCACCUGUAAAAAGUUUAUUCCACAUGCUGCAGGUGUUGAAGAAUUUCCAACUCAGGUUGAAUAAUGAGCAUACACAGGAAUCUGCAGCCAGAUCAGCCCAUAUAUAUUUCUCAUAACUGCAAAAAGGCGACCUAAGUGAGGAUUAUUUUUUAGAUCAAGCAACAGACAAGCUCUGAUUAACUUCUAAUAACACUUAAGUAUUGUCAAAGGUUAAUUUAAUCUCAGUUUGUAAAUUGGAAAUAUGUUGUCCAUUUACUUCUCAAUCUUCACUUCUCAACCUUUGAAAAAGUGAAAGAGAUUUUCUGAUCUGAAUGUUUUCUGCCCCAUCAAGUUGAACUCUUCAAAUAUUCACUAACACUUUUUAUGAACCCACCUCAACAGAAGCACAUUAAUUAAGCCUAAUACAAUUCUUAUCAACAUAUGUAAGCAUUCAUAUCAGCUUAUAAUAAUGUAUAUGAAAGUGUGUAAAGCCGUUGGCAUAAUUCCUUAUAAAGGUAUGGUUUAUAUGCAUUAUAUCUAAAUGCAACGGAAAACACUGUCUGUUAAAUCCUUGGUUUAUCAACUCAUAACUUUACCGGGUUAUGAAGGUUCAUUAAGAACUUAUUCUAUGUAAAGUUAUUAUUUGGUAACACUUUGUUUGACGCCUGUCUCUAGAACACAUUAUAAAUAUAUGUAUAAUGCAUUAUAAUGACGUUAUAGCACUGUAUGACUAUAGUUAUAAACACUCUUAAAUGAUCAUAAUGCUUCAUAGCAAUAAUCAUAACACAUUAUAAAGCAUUUUAUCAUGACUUACAAGGUCAGGUAUUAUAAUGUGUUAUAACUGUUAACAACUCACUGAUAAUGCCCACAUAGAUAAUUCAGUGCAAUUGUUGUUAACAGUUAUAACACAUUAUAAUACCUGACCUUGUAAGUCAUGAUAAAAUGCUUUAUAAUGUGUUAUGAUUAUUGCUAUAAAGUAUUUUGAUCAUUUAUGAGUGUUUAUAACUAUAAGUAUACAUUGUUAUAACAUGAUUAUAAUGCAUUAUACAUAUAUUUAUAAGGCGUCAAAUAAAGUGUUAGCUAUAAUUUCUAUGAUUCCCAUAUCAAAAAAAAUAUGCUCACUGUUUCUAACACUUUAUAAAAAAAAUCCCUAUAAGUUGUUAUAAAUGCUCAUUAUCACUGAUAAAGGUUGAUAUAAAGUCUUACGGAAGCUUUUAUAAGGCUUUAUAAAUGUGUUUGUGUUGUUUUGUCAGAGGUGGGCUCAUAAAAAGUGUUUUUUUAUAAUAAUUCCUUUAUUUCAGUCUGUUUCGCUCUCUUACUCCUCUUAAUAACAGGCGGGUCUCUCAGUAUGAAAGAGGGUCUCGGCUCGUCUUUGUUGUUGUGCUGUCAGACAAACCUGAACUGCUUGAUUUCCACACGCUCUGAGAAAAAAAACACCCGGGUUAUGGAUGUAGUCUGGACUCUGACUGACUGAUAGGCAGAGGUGGAAAUGGGACAGGAAAGGACGCGGCUCCUCUCGCUCUCGUGGUUGUUUAUUCUUUAUUUUCCCCAGAUGCUGCGAGCGUGACACACAAGCGCACACGUACACAAACACGCAGUUUCAUUCUGUCUUCAUUUCUGUUUGUCUCAUUUUCUACACAUGGCUGACAGCUCAUCACAUCCACAGCUCAGUGUCACUCUCAUUAUUUCCUCAGAUGUAUAUUGCUUUGCUCUCUCUCUCUCUCUCUCUCUCUCUCUCUCUCUACCCGUCUUUAUCUCCCUCUCCCCUUAUCAGCGUUCCUUCUUGCUAGUUUGUCGUUCGCUGUCAGCGUCUUCCAUCUAUCUCUCCUUCCGCUCUCUCUUGCCGGUGAUUCCUCCCCCUCUCUCUUUGCUCGGUGUGUCCUCCCCAGACAUUCACCUUUCAUAAUUACUUCUCAUGCAGCCGCUCCACAACAGGAGUAAUGAUUUUAAUGCCUGCUACAGCAAACAGUAAGAUCCUGCCGGCUUCUUGUCUCUUCAAGAAAUCGAUGUAGACUCUUGGGUCGACUUCACGUCUGUGCUCUGUACUGUACUAAUUGGGGACUUAUCACAAAGAAGAAAAAUAAAGAAGGUUAUGGGUAAAGAUUAGGAGAGUCUCACAUGAAUUUAUCUUCUCUCUCCUUUUGGCAGGACAAUGACAUUUAGAGCUCAUCAUUUAAUUAACUGUGAAAUGCUCCUGUAAAGAGGGAGACACACACACACACUCAUGCACAACGAAGGCCUUUUGUUACCCAGAAACAAAACAUUGUACAGGGAACAGAUGAUUGUUGUGUGUGUGAGAGUGUGUGUGUGUUUCUGAAAGGAUGAAGGGGGAAAAAAAUAAACAACAGAGUGUCAAAAUUAAAUCAGCCGCCUCAACAAUAGUUUGACGGAGAGGCUGAGAGGGGGGUUUCUUUCCAUCCAAACAAUAAACAGCCUUUCUAAGAAGUAGUGGUGUCAUUACAGGAGGAAUGUUUACUGUAAUUUAGUCUUAAUAAAGAUUGUGAGAUUUUAAACCAAAUCUAGACAGCACCAGGAUCAGUAAUCUGUUGAACAUGUGUUGUGUCUGAGUUGUAGCACACCCCCCUGCCACUAGUCAGGGCUGUAGCUUUGGUUUAUAGUGAGCUACCUGAAUGUGACGGAUGGCCUUUCGUUGCUCAGUGUGGUUUGGCAGUAUUUCGAUCAAGAACAUGGAGAUACAGUCGUUUGUAGGCUGCUGUAGUUAAACCUGCAGCUGCCUGACAACUCUCACUCUCAAGGACAGCUCAUCUUGGUUACUUCACCUCAAUAACCUCACUUGUAUUAUUUUAAAGGAGCUGCUUACCUUCCUUGAAAAGUUAAAGAACUUCCAUCCAUACCCACUGAGCAAUAGACAGCUAUCUAGUUUUUUUAGAGCUAAUUUCAACCGUCUAGAUUCUGUAUAUUUUUAGACAGAAUUUAGACGUUGCGCUUUAACCCGUUAUUGGAUAACAACUGUCCAAGUACUUAACCGAAAUAAUUAUGAUAGCUGUUGAGCAAUAUACAGUGUAGCAUAGAUAUAGCCCAGGUUUAGACUUGGUCUAAAUUUGGUCUAAAUUAUAUGUCUAAAAAACUGUCAUUUUUAGACCUGUGGUAGCCUGAUUUUAGACCAGUCGUCUAGGCUACAUUUAUACGUCUAUUAGACUUCUUUUAGACCAAAAAGUGCUCAGUAGGAAGGAAAGCUCAUCCUAGUUAUUUCAGCUCAAUAACUUCACUUGUAUUAUUUUGAAGAAGCUGUUUACCUCUCUUGAAAAGUGAAAAUACUUCCAUCCAUCAUCGGCUCAUACAUACAGCCAUCCUAAAGCCGGAUAUUUAAGCCCUUUUCGCGCCUCAUCUGCAAUAAUAUGCAGUUAAAGGGUGCAGUGUGUUCGCACGAAAAGCUGAAUGGUGUUAGACUUCUCUUUUGGUGUUCAUGCACAGUUUGAAAAGCUGGUGCAACAACCUCAUUUAGCAAUAACAGUGAAAGAAUAUCCUCAACUGACCUCUGAAAUACUUGAGUAUUAAAGAAAUAAAGCCAAAGUGACAUCUUCUCAUUAAUAUUUUUGUAGUAUAAGUUGUGUGGCGAUUAAAAAAGACCUGAAAUGUCCUCCUUCCUACCUGAUAAUGAGGAGGACAUUUAAAUGAUGGACUUUUGGAUUGGUUGGCGAAGCCUUCAGGGAGACACCGCAGAUGUGUCCCUGAGAUUGAAUGAACUCAGCGAUUUUUGGUAUUUAUCAUUCAACGGCAGCUAAAUUAGUUCAUAUUUUACUCUUCUUUUGUGUCUUUUACUUCUUAUUUACUUUUUAGUUUAGACUCAUUCAGCAUCAACCAAACGCUCAUCAAACUGAGUAAUAAAUCACAGCAUGCCCUAAAUGUUGCUCUCGACAGUAAACAAGCACAAGUCUUUCCAUCAGUGGGAAAUAUCUCAGCCCCUCUGACUGCAGGCUCUGUGUUUUUCUCCCACAGAACUCCAUGAAGGUGAUGUUCAAGUGCCUGUGGAAAAACUGUGGUAAGGUGCUGAGUACCGCUGCUGGCAUCCAGAGACACAUCCGUACCAUCCACCUUGGGUAAGAGAAGUUUACAGGCGUCAUCACUGAGCAUCACAGCAUUACAAGUUUGCUAAUUCACGUGUCUACGUCUGUGUUUGCUGUGUUUGUAGUCGUAACUGUGACUCAGACUGCAGUGACGGCGAGGAGGACUUCUACUACACAGAGAUUAAGCUCAACACCGACUCAGUGGCCGACGGUCUGAGCAGCUUGUCCCCCGUGUCCCCUUCCCUCCUCUCUCCUCCCCCUCCUCCCCCCUCUCCACUCCCGUCCCUCAACCAGCUGGCGGACUCCCACCGACCUCCGCAGUCCUCCGACACCAAGGAGCCUCAGGCUGGUGGGACCACUCCGCUCAGCCGCUCUGCGCCCAGCGCUCUCUACCUCAUCCACACGGACCACGCCUACCAGGUGAGCAGGAAGUACUUCCUCGCUCAGGGCAAGGUGGAGAUCGAUGUUCGCUGUCAACAUGAACAUGAAGAAUCGACACACUCUCUUGAUCAAUACACACACAUAUGUACAGAGUAUCCCUCACACACACCACUCAGGUCCUCAUUAACCUGAUCAUGUUUUCACUGUGUUUGGAAAAAAUACAAAUGAUGUCAUAGCGACCAGCAGUCUGGAGCUCCCGUUAGCAGCUGCGCUAACAGUUGUCUUCUAUCAACACAUGAGCAGCAGGUUGAGGUGGAAUCAGGACACAGCUCCAUCAGCUGACACUUGCACAGAGCUGCAGGUUUCUCUUUCAGCAUCCUCACUCGUAAAAAUAUUUUGGUAACACUUUACUUGACUUUACUUGAUGCUGUAUGUAAAUAUUAGGGCUGUUAUUGAUAAAAAAAAAAUACUAAAAUCUUAUCUUUUCAUCCCCAGACAUACACUGCAAACAUGUCCAUUACCAGAAUAAGUGGUAACCCUUUCUUUUACGGUACAGUUAUUACCAGGUAAUUAACAGGUUAAUCGUAAUUAACGAUACGCUGUUUGAGCCAAGCAUUAUCACAGCGACUGUGCGUACAACUUUACUGCGCAAUGUUGGUUUCAGGAAAUGGAGAAAAAACGUGGAAUUACUGAGAGCUUUUUGGCUUCAAAUCCAUGUACUGGCGGAAGGUGGAAUCAAGUUGUCCAUAGUAUAUACAGUCUAUGAGUUAUACAUAUAUUUAUAAUGCGUUAUAGAGAUAGGCGUCAAGUAAAGUGUUACCAAUAUGUUAUAUUUUUCAAUCAGUUUUUUGAUAAAAGAAAAAAACUUUCAGAGUCCAGCAGUUUCAAAGCAGCGUGAAACAAGCAGCCGUCAAAACACUAAAAAGCAAAGUCAGAGUUCAAGAGACUUUCUUCGAGGAGUCGGUAGAAAAACUCUUGAUCUUUGUGGACAAAAAAUCCCACCAUUCUGACCUUUGACCCCGCCCUCAGGCCACAGCUCCGGUGUCCAUACCAUCCAACAGCAGUAACUCAACCAGCUCAGCUUCCACCAGCUUCACCCCCACUAACAGCUCCAGCUUCAGCAUCUCCUGGCAGUCCCCGCCUGUGACCUUCACCGGGAGCACAGUGAGGAAGCUUAAAAGCGUAAUAUGUACUCCUCACACUUACAGCGGUUGUGUUUUAGGUUCUGAUGAUCUGAAAUGUGUUUGUCCUCGGCAGGUGUCUCCCAGUAAAAGCCAGGGUUUCGGCGAGCAGCGCUCUCAGACUAUCGCAGUCCUUUCGUCUCCUCCCAGAGCUACCACCGCCCUCAGGUACUGAUCCUCACCGCUCAUUUAAAGGCUGACAGAAAAUAACAUGUCUUUAAUUUACGUAAACUUGAAUCAAACAUCCAUGUCUGUCAGAUUAGUACUGUACUAGCUUCACAUUGUCUUGUCUGUGUCUUGUCUGCAGUCGGAAGGUGCGCGGGGAAGGGAAGAAGUGUCGCAAGGUGUACGGCAUGGAGAACCGCGACAUGUGGUGCACCGCCUGCCGCUGGAAAAAGGCCUGCCAGAGAUUCACCGACUGAGCAUCCUCCACGUACAGCGCGGCGGCGCGCCUCACCAACAGGCACCGCCGCCGUUUUUCGCCAGAGAAAGAAGGGAGGGGCAUCGUUUUGCAUGCAUUUGGUUUCCCUCAGCUCAAAAAAUCGCAACUGUCCGUCAAGCUCCGGCUCAAACCCUUGUGGAUGCCCCUCCCCACUUCAAACUCCACUGAACCAUUCCAGCCGCAAAAGGAACCAAAGGACAGCGGAGUCAACUUUGAAAAAAGCCGUCCAGGAUUCCCACUACUGCCUCGCCAUUCCCGUCAUUGUCAGUUUUUGGGAAACCCCAGUGCAGCUAAAUCGUGUAAAGAGAAAAAGAUUUCCAGAUUUCUCCUGUUUUUUAUGUUGAGUUCAGUGUUGCAUCUUUCUAUGUUUUGUAAAGCUCUGGUUUUUAAAUGUAAAGUCAUAGAAAGGGUCCAGGUUAAAAAAGGCCAAAAGAAUUUUUUUGCGUUUCAUGAAAAGAAAAGAAAAAAAACUUUUUUUUAUCCAAAAGAAGAAUGGGCCUCUUGCAUCUCCUGCAGUUUUUGAACAUUGUGAAAAGGCACAGAGGUGAAGGUCCCACUUUUUGUUCUCCCUUCAUCUCCUGUUUCAUUUCUGGACUAUUUUCGGUGAUCCGUCAUCACCCGCGACAUCUCGCAGCCACUCCUUGUUCCUCACCUGCUCUCGCUCCUGACAGCCCCCCGAGGGAAAGAAAGCGAGGGGUGUUAAGAAGGAGAGGGAGGGAAAAAAAGAGACACACAAAGAUGAAUGAUCAAUGCAAAAAAGACACAACUUACAGUCAGGGAAAGCAGACAGACCAUGCUGGUGAUUUACCACAUUCAAAGCAAACACACAGGUAUGCCCACACAAUCAAAGCAGAAGGCAGAAAAACCCUUUUCUAUCUGGUGUUUUUAUCUGUUGUGAUUCAUUUGGUUUGUUUUUAUCAGGGAUGUGAUUCUUCAGAAAGCAAAAACCAGCAGCUCAAACUUUGGGGUUCAACUGUACACAGCACUAACUAAACACCGUCUGUUACAUCACACAUGACAACUUCGCAACCAAAAACUCCUUUAUCUUCUUCUUUCUGUUUUUGGUUUGUGUUAAAGUGCCAUGUUUUCUCUUUGUCAGUGUGUUUUUCUUUCUUUGUUUUGUUUGUUUCGCUCUUUUUUGAAUUUCGGUGGAAUCGAGACUGUUUACGUACCACCUGCUGCAGAGAGCGUGUUCGGAAACCAUCCCUGAUUCAGCUCCGGAAGCAUGAAGCCAGCAGCGUGCAAGACCAUAAUAAGAUAGAAAUGUUUCACCACAUGCAGAGAGACAGACUGCUCUCCUCCUCAAGCAACUUCUACACCUUUCAGCGGGAACAAAAUAUCUCUGUGUGUUCGUACGCCACGAACGAGGAGGGCUGAAGACCAAAAGUGAGGCGCAUACUUUUGUGUUUAGAAUCGUUCUUUCUUCCGACACAUCUCUGUUAUUCCCCGACUGAAAAAAGGGGAAGUAACAGCAAAUGUUUGAACCAUUAUCCUCUCCAAGGGCGGAAUGAGUUUCCGAGUACCUGAUUUGGGUCACUCCUGUGUUGUUUCCACUCAAUUCAACUUCAGCAACGUGAGCAGAGCUUCGGCGCCGGCUUUCCUAAGAGUCCUUGUGAUCAGCUCGUGACCUCGUUACCGACGAGGUCAACGGUGUGUUAAGUUUGAAAAAAAAAAAGCGGUGAUCUGAUUUAUCAUUUGCAUGUGUUUGAUGGGAAACAAAAUUCACAAAGCCAAAUAGUUUACAGAUGUUUUCUUUGUUGUGAUAAAUGGACCAACUCUUUAGUUACCCGAGUAAAAAGCUUUUAAAGCUCCUGUGAGGAGUUUUUAGCUGGUUAUGAAACUGACUGAAGUUGACACUCUGUCUUUGCGAGCGACAAAAGCAAACAAGAGCAUCAGUGACAAAACUGAUCUUGACUUUGUUGUCGUUAUUUUUUGAUGCUUGUAGCUGCUGCAUCAAGCUAAUGAGUUACAGCAUAGAAACAGCUUUUGUUUACAUAUUUUGCAGACAAUACGAUGUUUUUUUUUUCUUUUUAUCAGAAAAAAGUCCAAGUUUACAGCACAAUAUUUUGUUUUGUCCACAAGGGGGCGCCAAAAUAAGCAUAAAGAGAAAGUUCCUCACAGGAGCUUUAAAGUCAAACACACGGCUCCAUCAACAGAUGGAUGCACGGUUGCGUAUAUUCGCUCUGUUACACAUAUUCAGCAGAUUUAAUUCAAACCAACACCAGCUAAUAAACUCACAUGCUAAAUCAGUCAGUACAUCUGCAGCUGAAAACUGUAGCUCCGUUGUUACGUUGUUGUUUUUUUCUUCGUCUGUUCAUGUACAUAUGUAGUUCUCGUAUUCUCUCUAUAAGCUCCAUGUUUACGACCAGUUAGCUCGGUCGUGACAUCCGCCACCUUAUGAACAAGACAGGUUCAGCUCUGACGCUGUGUGAGGAAAUAAUGUACCGUUUAACCUGUCCGGCUUCUAUGAUUUUAGCUAAAGGGAUAGCCUUAAAGUCACUCUUUAAAAAAAUAUCAUUGUGCUCCAUCCAUGUCAUUACAUUGAUAUGUCAGAAAGAAAUAUUUAGAUGAUCUCAAAACUAAUUUGAAACCUUAUUAUUUGAGCGUAUUAUUGUUUAAAAAGGACAGAUCUAUAUAUACGUAAAGAAGAAACAUUGAAAAAGACGUUAAUUUGGCUGUUUUAUUUCUACUUUUUCAUAUAUAAACAAAUAUGUAUGACUAUAAAUACUGUUUAUUGAUUUUGUUUUCAUGUUCUGCUGAUGGAUUUUUGUACCUAUUGUUACUGUAGGAGGGAGCGAGGGACAGUUUUCACACAAGCCAAGCUUGUUUCGCUCUUUCAGCGGACGUGACCCGUACGCUCCCGCCUCGAGCUCCUUCACGUCACCCUCCUCGCUCCUUACCGCUAAGCGCUCCAACACCACACUUGAUUAAAACCUUUAUCUUAUUUCCAAUUCUCCUCUCUCUCGGUGUCACGCAGGACCACUUGCAAUUAGUUUGAUUGACAUCUUGCUGUGUUUGUUCGCAUGUGUGCGGUCACAUGAACGUGAAGGAGCCUCGGGCGAAGUGUGCAGGCUGCCGCUGACACUUGGUGCUUGCCCACCCCCCUCCCUCCUCUCCAAGCAUUUCUCUCGCUCCUCCUCAGGAGUUUAGACACCUUUAUCAAAUGGCCUGUGGUGUCCCCCCCAUGUCUGGGUGUGUGCAGGUUGGAGAGAAACACACUUAGUGGUUCAAAGAUGUUUUCUUUUUUUGUUGCUCCAGACCUCAGAGGCUGGAUGUGGCCUGUGUUUUGUUUUGUUUUUCAACUCCAUGCACUUCCCACAGCCUUUUUUGUACUGUUUUGGUGCUUCAUGCGUGUGUUCUGAGAGUCUCCUCCAUCGGUGUGUUUGGAAAAAAUCUGGCAGCGAAAAUCAGAUCAUGUCAGGAUUCUGUCCAGGAACAAAUCCCAGCAGACCAUUCAGAGGCUCUGGCAGCAUCUCCAGGCAGCUAAUUGUUGAAGACGCUCUUUUCAUGGUCCAUGUUGUUGUCAUCAAAUGGCACGUGUUGAGAUUUGGCCCAAAAUAAGCCAUAAAUCUUCAAGACCUCAAAAGAACACAUGCUGCCUUUAGUCCCGACUUUUUCCAUCUCCUGGUACGUCAGCGAGAAACUGGGAUUUGUUCGUGAAUAGCGUCCUGGUCUGAAUCGAGCAUCUUGGUCCCGUCACUGCCAACGGCACAAAGACGACUUUUGGGGCAUUCAAAGACACUCAGCCCGGGGUCUCUUCUUGCACUUUGUACACGCUGGUGCUGUGGCUUCGGCGGCAGGGGAGAAAUGAAGGUGCUAUAUAACCAUGCGGCGCUGUUUCUCCCAUAAUGUCAUAUAACUCCAUUUUGUAAACAUUGUGAUGCUGUAGAACAUGAAAAUAAAAACACCCUGCCUCAAGUUUACAAAGUGUCCAGGCACAGUUAGUGAGUGGGUCCCAACCAAACUAUCAUCUCUCCUUCCUCUCGUGGAUUUAAUGGGUUUUAAAAGUCUAAAAAUUUACUUUUAAGCACUUCUACACCUAAACAACUUAAAUAUUAACAGUUCAACUAAGCUCAUAGAAAGUCAGAUUUUGAUCAUACAUGUGGUCUCCAUUUAACGACUGAGUUGUAUCAGUUGUGAUGUGACUGCAGAUACAUUUCAACUCUCUAGCGCAGUUUUACCCAGAGUUAAAUUCUUGCUUCAGGGGAGGAAAUAGUGUGUUUCACACCCUGCGCAUUAACAUGUCACAGAUUUGUUUGGGGUGUUGUAUAAUUAACUACCUUUUGGGCAAAACUGGCGGCUCAGGCGGGAUCACGAUUCAUAUUUUAACUCCCAAAUUGACACCCUAAUGAUGCCAAACACGCCAUAUGUUUUUUCUUCCUCCUGAUGUGAUCAUCCAACAUGUUCAUAUCAGAGCAGCAGCGAGCGCUCGGGCCUAUGUGGCGCUUACACCGGCGCUCAGAACCAGGGUUUCCACCGUUAUAAACACGUGUUGGCACAGCAGAAUUAAAACUGUGCUAUCAAAGCGCCACAAUAGGCGGUCUUGUUGCCUUGGUGAGAGUGAUAUGAAUACUUAUGAGGACUUGUUUUUUUCCUCCUUUAAGUGGAGCAGUGGCGGCUGUUCUGGCUUUUGUUCUCUCGGCUUGGCCCCCCCCACGCUCUCUCUUUCUCCCCAACACAACUGCCUAUUAAAGAGCCGAGCGAUCAGCCGUGAUUUAUAAUCUGAAUAAAACAAGAUAGAAUUACUCUGCUUACUGGGGUUAUUGAAAUCAACUCUGGUGAGUUACGAGGGGCCCCUCAGAGUAUAUACAUCCUCACACACGUCUGUGGUCUGUGUCCAGUUUGGUUACAGAGCGUUGACGGCUUUAGCAGCAGUUCAUGUGUUGACAGUUUUAUGAGACUUCCUGCUUUAUGAUCCUGAUCUUUACCCUUUCUGUGAUUAAUAUUUUAUACGUGACAAGACUUGUUUGUGACAAGAAGCUGACACUUAUUAUACCUUUAUAUCAUUCACAUAUGAGUCAAUAUACAGUAUGCUACAAUGUAAACACAUUCAGCUGCAGUACAGUAUAUCUAAGCUACAGUAUCAGUGCGUAUUAUUAUAUCCCUGACUUCUCUAAAUUACUACUUUGUUUAUAUUUUUAGCUGCAGGAGCUGAGGUCAAAGGUUCAAAGGUCUGUGGUUGGUCUUCCAGUGGGUGACACAGUUUCUGGACCUCCCUCUGACAGCAGGUGGUGCUCAUGUGAAAGUUCCUGCUUUAGUGAUUACUCUCAUUUUAGUCGUAAUCGUCCUUUAAAAAAAAAAAAAAAAACGCAGAGAUUGAUUGUGGGCGCGCUCGAGCGCACCUGAGUCGCCACGGUGUCGCCUCGCAUGACCCUCAGUAUAGAUUGAGUUGGCAGCGUGUCCUCAAAGAGACCGCCUCCCACCGACUGUAAGGCUAGUUUCCAUGGCAACCCGACUGACAAGCAGGGUUAUGUGAUUCUGCUCCUAUCGGCUGUCAGAAGCGGAGCUGGAGCAGGGCUGUUUGUGUUGUUGUCAAUAGAGGAGGAGGGACCCUCCAUCCUUCAUUCAUUCAAGAAUAAGAAGGAGGAGGAGGUUUAUAGUUUCACUCCAACAUUGUUCAUAAGAAAAGAAAAAAAAAGUCUUAAGUCUGUGUUUCCAAUUGUUGCACCUCCCCCAUUAUGGUUACUUUUGGAGGAAUAGAGGAGUCCUGAAUGUGCCUUGAGGAGAGUUAGAGUUUCUCGAAAACUCUGUGAGCAGGAGUGUUGCUGUGAAAUGCUGGACCACAGCAGCGAUGCAGGAAUGUCUCUGGUGUUGGCUAGUCUGAGUUCUGCUUUCUAUACCUGUAAUUCAAAGAUUUGUUAUACAAAGAAACGUCCUGUGAGUUGCGUUCGGAGGCCCUUUUGGCCGUUUGUCGGUUCUAGGAAGAUGUCGAAAGGUCUGAGAGUGAUUUUUCUACUCUUUGCUGUGAACUAUUUUUUGAUCCAAACCUAAAACGAUACUGUGUCUCAACGUGCGUGUUUUUCUUUCUUUCUUUCUUUUUUAUUUUUUUGUCUAGUGUUUUUCCUCUUCUUUGUUUUCCCAAACAUAACUCCUCUCUCCCUUUUGUACAAGGGCUUGUAGAUAAAUGUAUGUCGAUGUGAAGAUUCGCUGUUGUGGUGCAAUCAAAGAAAUGUUUGGGAAAUCAAGGAAACCUCAUUCAACGAACAGCUUGUGAAACAGUCGUUGAGCUGAUCCUUUUUUCGUUUAGCACGGAGCUGCAAAGUUAUUUCCAGGGGAACAUGAAGGCAUCACUGUCUUUGUGUGGAGGUGGGGAUAAUGAUCAUAAAAAUACUCAAUAAUAAUAAAAAGUAUCUUGAGAUUUAAUUAUUCAGAUUAAGACCAAACUGAAAUUUUCUGCCUCAGCUCCAUCACUUUUGACUCACAUAUGCAACACAGAGAGUGCCGACCCACCCUCUCUUCAAAAAGGAUCACCUCAUCGACUGUUUUAUCGGAUUACAAUCAUGUAGACCUCAAGAACUCAAUGACUGUCGCACUGGAUUUUUACACUCUUUUUCAAACAGUAUAUAUAUACUAUAUGCUCUGGUUUAACUGUAUUUUUAAUACUGCAUGUGCAUGCAAAUAAGGAAAUUAUGAGAUACAUGACUUUAUAUAAAUGUGCUCUAUUUGUGCUUUGGCGUCCAUGAAGGGGGUUGGGAGCAGCCUGGGUUGCCUCAGUUAUACCCUAAUCGAGUUUCGACUGCACGCUCAGAAUUGGCUUUCAUACUCAAGAUGGUGUGCAAAAAGAGGAUGCAAAUUAGUAACAGAGUUAAAGUCGCUGUAAUUCCUUGAUGGAUGAUAUUUUCAGUCAUCGUGUUUGUACCACAUGUAGACAACACUCGUUCUUUAUUUUAGUCCAUCCAAAGGUAACCAAAGUUCAUUUGAAUGCAGUGAUCUCUAGAUAUUCUCGAAAUCAUUUCACAGCUCUCCAGAGAGUCACAUAGUUCACUCUACAAUGACUUUGCUUGGCAGUGGCUGCUCUCCACCCCCUACUUGGUUGUUACAUUUUCUAUCCUUUUGAAGCCUCUAAGUGUAAAUGUUUAACGUGUUUCCAGACUGUACAACUGAACCGUAGAUGCAACACAUUGUCCUUCCUUAGAUCUGUUCAGGGGGCAGUGCAUUAGGCGACACUGUGUGUGUUGUAAAAUGAUAACUACCUUUAUAGGACAAGAGCUGGUGAUGUUUUUUUUUUGUUUUUUUUGGGAGAUGCUUUCCUGAGGCGAAGCCCUGCUCAGACGGUCAUUUAAUGAGUGACUCUGCUUUGAAAUCUUAAGCAGUCAUCUAGAAAUAGUUUGACAUUUUAAGGAAAUGUUUGCUUUCUUGGCGAGAGUUGGCUGAGAGGAUUGUUACCACUUAAAGGGAUAUUCCAGCGUAAAAUUAAUUUAGGGUCAAACACACCGAAUUAGACACCCCCUCGAGAGAUGAGUGUUCCCAAACACUUGCUUUUUUAGUUAUACCAACUUAAGUAACGACCGCACGAUAGCAAAACACAGGGUUCUAGCCACAGGGUUCUAGCCACCAAACAUCUUUUUAACUUUGCCUAAUUUCUUUAG